AUGGCGUGGAAUUCAAGCUUCUUUAUCAUCCUGGCCUCUUUGUAUUUCAAAGACCUCGCUAUUGCUAAAAAUCCGUGCAAGACAGGAGUUAGCGUACCCGGUAUGGCUCUCAAAGGAUUCGUCUUUAAAAAGGUCCCAGUAACAGCUCCUCACGUGUGCAAUGUCACCUGCGAGAGGGAGACGAUAUGUCAAAGCUACAAUUAUGUAAUUGGGGAAAAGUCCUGUGAAUUAAAUACCCGAACCAAGGAAGCAAGGCCCGAAAAUUUCCAGCCAGAUGGUUUACGCUUUUACAUGGGACGCAUUAAUGGUAGAAGUAUGUAUCCGGUUUAGUUUAUUUUACAUACAAAUCUUUCUCAGUGAGUUCCUAGUAAGACCUCGCUACUUUCCGAGAGCUGGUGUCCGAUUGCUUUGUUAUUAAAUAGGGUCAGUUUCUUAAAGCAAAAUUCGCCUUCCAUACAUAUAUUGAUAUCAGCUAAACUACUCAACUCUUAAUUAUUGUUAUUCCAUGUUUAUCUUGCUCGGACAAACAUAUUUUCAGAUCUAAUCUGUUUUGCAACUUCUAUUACCCUUAAACCAUUAAUGAAGUCAUGUCUAUAUAUUAGCCCCCUUAGGAUCUAUUCCUGAAUUACCAGCGUUAUCGUGCCAAGAGAUAAAAUUAAGUGAAGGUAAAGACAGCAUCAGUAAAACUUACUGGUUGGAUCCAACUAAUGUCGGGAGCUCAAAGUUGGUUUAUUGCGACAUGAUUUGGAAGGUAAGUCAGUAUAACAAGAAUAGAAUUUACACAGCGUUUGGUCUACCUUUGCCCUGGCCUUCUGUGAAAUGUUUUCACCUUGUCUCAGUGAUUUCUUCGAUUAAUUUUCAAAUAGACAUCGAUGAGUGUAAAGGCAGCAAUGACGUUUGUGACGAAAAUGCAAACUGUUCCAAUACUGUUGGAUUUUAUAAUUGCACCUGCAAAGAAGGAUUUACUGGGGAUGGACGCUCGUGCUCAGGUAAAAUAGUUACAGACAUGCCGAGGUACAACAUUUAAUUAUUUUUUCGCCUAAAAACACUGAAAUUACAUUUGAGCUAUCUGCAAUCGAGUGAGUGAAUAACAGACCAAUAAUAGUUUGCAUACUAUAUCAGAGAAGCCUUAGCAUUACACAACGCAAUUUUAGCAGGAACUACUGUCCUACUAUUGUUAAGUUUUGUCUUUUUACGCAGCAUUACCCAUACAUGUUUAUGCACGGAGUUGCCAUGAUCUACAUCCGGUUUUUUUCAGAGCCAUCAUAUUAGGAAAUUAAAAAAAACAUUAGAGAAGAGAAUAUAAUAUCUAGGUUGCACGUUUCAAAAGUCUAGUUCGUUAAAGACGAAAAAGUGAAAGCUAUUACUUAUUAUUUGAAAUGAUUAAAGCAAUUACAAAUCGUUAGGUGACGAAAAUAAAGUGCAAAAUGCAUUUACGGUUUCCCUGAUAUUGAUGAGUGUAAAGGAAAUCACUCCUGUCACGUGAAUGCUAAGUGCAAUAACACCCUUGGCACUGAGUUUUUGUUGACGCUUAAGAUAUAUUUGAGGGAAAAAGUUGGAAAUUAUAAUCAUCAAGUUUUAUAAAAUAAUCAUGAUCCUGGUAGCGCCGUGAUUGGUCAAAAACCCAUCGUUGAUUGCACCUAUAAACCCAUGGAAAAUUAAUUGUUUUCUCUCAGACGUUGACGAAUGCAGCAAGGCUCAUACCGUCAAAAUGAACGGAUGCCAUCCAAAUGCAUCUUGCACUAAUACCCAGGGCUCAUACAACUGUUCUUGCAAUCCUACGUAUAUUGGGAAUGGUUUUAAAUGUAAAGGUUAGUUUGGUUUUUCAUGAAGGCGAUGAAAUCUAUAUUUUGUUUCCCACGUUAAACGUAGCAGUAAAUUGGCUUAGAGCUGACUUCCAUUCGAAAUUCACAUCCAGGAGGCAUAAUUUUACGCUCCCUUGUGUACAAAAACGAAACAACUUUUGAUUAUACAUGACUAUAACUAUAUGAAAAUCAUGCAUGUGCACUGCGGUUGAAGAAACGAAUAUAGAGGCAAUCCUCGCGGUUAUGAAUACCACUGAACUAGUAGUGAAAAUAAGGCCUGAAACCGUACGGGAUUUCAACCCAUGACCUUUACGAUACCGGUGCAACGCUCUACCAACUGAGCUAACAGGCUAACUGGGAGCUGCUAGUUACAAAUAAACCAUCUAAUUGGUGAAUACAUUAAUGUAAACAUAUGAAAAUCAUAUAUGUGCACUGCUACUGCCAGUGUAGUAGUGUUCAAAACUGCGAGGAUCGCUUCAAUGUUUGUAAAUUUUGAUUAUGUUUUUAAAACCUUACACGAACUUUUACAUGAUGCAGACAUAACACACUACGCGGAACUAAAAAACUGUUGAGAAACUCUAACCUUAAAAAGAUUCCCCAUAAUAACAGGUAUGAUCAAUCAAAUUCGUUUGACUUUUGCAAGCCAAUUUGCGCUAUGGUUAUAAAUAAUUGGAUGAUGCUAACAGGCAGAGAGUUCUUAUACAGUCAUGGGAAAUAACUGUGUUGUUACCAAAUACCUGUGGGCUGGUAUCGUUGUGUGGGAAGUGAGGGUCAAAAAUGUCUUAAGCGCAUUUGGUAGCAUUCAGUUGAGGUACAAACAACUACAGGCUUUGAUGGGCGAUUAAAGCAAGAGGAAAAAUAACUCUUUACAAUACUAUCAUUUCAUUUUAAAUCUUUAGUGCAUCAUUAUUGUCCAACGCAAAAUUCCCUUAAAAUUAAUUUAAUGCAUAGUUGUUCUUGUAACACGCAAGUCCUAUCUGGUUGUUAUCGAACUGAUUGACUUGAAAAAUGUCAACAACAAAAAAAUGUUAUCAUUGGUACUGCAACAUUUUAUAAUUUUUAUUUAUUUUAAUAUCCGACCCAUGUUGUUAUCAUCAAAACCUGAGUGAUGCCGAUAGAAAGAACAAUUACGCUACACCGGGAUUUGACAUGUACUACUUAGCCCCUUAACUAAUGUAAAGUCACUUUUCUUCUUAAGUACAAGUUUCACCACUGAUUGACAAGCUGCUAGAAUUAUAAGACGUUAGAAAAGAUCUUGAACCAUUUAUUUUAAUACCUACAGUCCUUUGGCAAAUUUCAUUUCACUUCGCAGCCGAUCCUUGCUUUCAUUAUAAAAACCUAAGUGAUGCCAAAAGAAAGAUAACUUACGUAACACCUGACGGUUCAGGGUUGUGUGACAAACAACUCCCUGAGGAAUGGUAUCGUUUUGUGGGAGCUGCAGGAACAAAAUGCCCACAACACGUGUGCCAGCAUACAGAUGUGGUACAGACUGGCCAGGUUGGUUGGAUGGUGCUCAUCCUACAGUGGAAGAUGGUGAAGUUUUCAGGAAGGUCUGCUUUAGUGAUCGCUUUACUGGUUGCCGAUACACAGAAGAUAUUUUUGUAAAAACUGUGGAUCCUACUUUAUCUACAAACUUUUAAAGCCACGAAGUUGUCACUCACGCUACUGUAGUGCAGACUGAAUGUGAAGCAAAUAUACUUCGCGUAGUAAGAGAACACACAAAUCGCUCCGUAGAUACAUGUAUAUAAAGUUUUGACAUGUAAGGUAUUCAACCUUUCUUCUCUAUCGUAAACAUUAUCAUCAGAUUUUAACUUUGGUGGCAAACAGGUACUUAUCUCAUUAGAGUGAUAAUUUUCAUCAGAUAGCCUCUGUCAUCAAAGAGAGUUUCCCCAAGUAUCUUUAAGUAAUUUUCCAGUAAAAUCUGCAAGACACAAACUCUCAAGCUUAAGGUUUUCGAGCCUUUUAUUUUUUUUUUUAUUUUUUUUUUCAUCCUUCAAUUGCUGUAAUUAUAAACCAUGAUUAUUUUAGCGUGUGUCCGUGGAAUACAAACAGGCGCUAUCUUACGUUAUAGGCGUAGAAAAAAAAAGCGAUGACAGUCAAAAUCUGAUGUAGUUUGAAAUUACAUAAAGUUAACGUAUUAAUAGUGACUCAGUAUUUUGAAACAUUGAACCAAUUUCCAGAAACACAGUAAGCAAAAUUCAAUGGUUUAGCCUGCGUAACCGUGUGUUAAAUGUGUCCGAAUCGACCAGAAUUCAUUUGAAAUUAAUGGAUCGCUUACAUCUCACGCUUAUUUUGAAUUUCUUGACAACGUAUCAAAAUAGACUCUUCAAAGCAAAGUGAUAUGAGCUGGGUCAAUUGUGGCUCAGCUUCUUGAGUGGUGUAAAUAGAUUAUCUCAUUAUUUAACAAAAACUGUGUAUCUCUGUAAAUAAAUUUAACUUACACGGACUAUUUUUAGCUGAGUUUCAUAACACGAACACGAGUAAGCGUUAAGGGCAGUGUAGUCCAUGGGUCGGAGUAGGUUCUCGAUACCACCCAUCUAAUAGCGAUCGCGAAAGAGUAGCUUUCACCGUUUUUUACUGAAGUUAAUGUCAAUAACCAGGGAAAAAUAACAACAACAACAAGGAAAUGUUGCAGUGAAGUAAAAACAGAGCCAUAAAUAAAAACUGGGUUCAACUUUACAUCGCAACGAUUCAGUGACAAAUGGAGAAAGUUAUUGAAAAAGAUUGUUAACGAAAGGAACAGAAAAAGGAAAAUAAGGUAAUUUUUAACUUAAUAUUGAACAUUUUUCUUGAUUAAUUGCAAGUAGUUUUCACAAGUAAUGUUUGAAUUAUGAAGUUAAUAGUAAUAAAAAAAAAAAAUUGCAAAAAGGCAUCUCUUGUAGUUCAUGCCUUUGUUAGUGCUAAGGGAUGUACAUAAAUUUGAUACCCGUAUGGGACAAGGGACAAAGGGGAGGGGGUUCUCUUUAUAAAAGAUCAAUGGGAGAAGUCAUUGUUACCCUUAGGACCUGAUAGUAAUAAUGGAUACCUUUUGCAUUGAUGUACAAAAAUUGCUCUGAAAAAAUUCAUAUUCACAUUCCGCUGGUAAAUGAAGUUAUCGAUAAAAUGUGUAAACGCACUGGGCGGUUAACUUCGCUCGGUUAAUAUAUUUUUUUCCAUAAAUGAAUCAGUCGGAACUGUUGCAGAAGAAAGUCUGGUAAUAAAACCAGGUGCUGUAGUAUUGCCCAUCGUCUCCCGUUGCCGGAUUCCAUCAUUUAUCCUGUCGAUGUCAUCUGUCCGGCAGAAGGAAGUGAAUAACGUUUUCGUACACCACGAAUGUAAGUGCACAUGCUGGCGUUACUCUAAAAAGAAACAAAAUCAACAACAAUCAAACGCACAAUACACAGUAAAAUCGACAAUGAACGUUUUACAUAUAUUACAGUUUCAGGGUUUCUUCUAAAGCGCUCCUUUGCUGGAUUUCCAAAAACGAAAAAACCGCGAAAACUUACACUAACAUAUGAGGUGGGGCACAAACAUUUGUGAUAACGAUAAGUAUCUUAAUAAUUUCACAGUAUUCGAACAUGUAACUGACGAAAACAGUGACAUGACACCUACUCCAAAUUUUAUAGCCUCUUAAUGUAUCUAUCGCCUGUCUCUUCUUCCCAGUUUCUCACAGACUAGAGGGUGCAAAUAAGUUCAAACACCUCAUGGGGGUACCCCAUCUCUUAAGACCCUUUCCUUUACAAAGCGCUACCCAAAAUUAAAGAUGAGAGCCCACUAAGCCCUCUUGGCCAAUUCUAGAUUAUACAUUGCGGUUUAACACAUAAAACUAACAAGCAAACCUACUUGUAUCAUCAAAUUUAUUUUUAACAUUUAGCCUUACCUGAGGACACUGGGAAUUAAUCCUUUAUAAAAUCCUGUUACUCCUUCAUGCCUAAGAUUUGGAAAAGAACCUGCCAUGAGGAGAGGCCAGAAAAAGUAGAAUACCUUCUUUCAUAAAAAUGUGGACUUUACCACUAAGCCGUAAGUCAGUCCGAAAUUGGAUCCAGUUCUCAAACAAGCUGGUUUCAGUUCUCCGCCAAUUUUGGUCCAGUUCUUUGUCAAAUUGUUUCAAACGGGCAAAACAUGUACCUCUCUUUAAUGUAGAGAGUUUGAACUGACUAGAGAUGGAAAGCUAGUCUAUAACGUAUCGAAAACUUUAAGUCCUCAUGUCAAGUUCCAACUUACCUGAAAGUCUUACGAAUCACAUCCAACGCGCCUUUGUAUUCCACCAUCGUGUACUGCUUCUUUAGAAAAGUAAAAUUCAUGAACAAUAAAUGACAGCAGGAAACAGUAAAUACUGAACGAUUUAACAAAUCAGACUUGCUUAGAGACAGCUCCAGAUAUAUUCAAUUGGUUUUAGCUAAUUUUAUGGGCAUAGGAUCAAAACUUUCGCGCCGUGCAUUCUCAUAACCAUCUUGGAUCCGUGUUUCUUAAGAGGAAUAGAGAGAGUGAAAGAGGGUGAAAGCUAUUCUCCCUCGUGAGAUUUGGUAUUUAUCCUCAUUGUAGGGUUUCCCUGGCCUUUUGUUGGUGCCCAUUUGACCCACCGGGAGGGGGGAUGUGUGGGGCUAACGAAUCUUUUCCCAAGGAACCGACACAUUGACCUAGCUGAGGCUCGAGGCCCGAGCACAGGCCACAUCAAACUGGAGUCCAGUAAACCAACCGAUGAGAUCACCGGCCUGAAAACUAAAAACAGCCUUAAACUACAAGUUUAUUUCAAGAUAAUAGCAUACAACAGUAAAACGAAAUCUAAAUCUAUGUCAAAAGGUUAAUCAUUUGCUAAUGAAUCUCCCAUUCUAACCUGAAGUCUUGCUCUAACCACUUGAUAAGGAUAUGUCGCUGUUGCGGCGAAAAUCUUCGACAGUGAAGCCAUUACAAGGUACUCAGUUGAACUCUGACGAAAAUGAAAGUUAGCAAAACAUAAAUUAGAGAGCAAAACACUUUAUAUAAAAAAAAGAACUACUAUAUUUUCAGCACUUCAGAGUGAUUCCCAAGAUAACCCACGGUUACAUAAUAAUAAAAGUCAUCCUAUAAGUACCUUCCUACCAGCCACGUGCACAACAAAGGUAUUAAGGUUGUCGUUUGGGCGUCAGUUGUAGCUUCAAAAUGCUGAAGCUCGUCAUGGAGGACUACUACUCAAGAUGAGAAGCCAAAAACUUCCCCCACCCUUCCCUCUCUCAUGUUCUCCCUUUACAUUCGCCACUGACCAUUACAUGUGUUCGUGUUGACCCUUUACACCCUAACAUCAGUAUCCAUAUUCUCCAUACUGUUCUCUAUACAUUUCCAAAGAUACUAACAAGGAGAAUUUCUUAAACAGUCAAGAACUUUUUCGGUGGCUGAAUAUUUCCUCUCUUCUCAUGACCUCCAUGUGUGAUUCAGAGGUGAUAUUGUAAGGAGAAGUUAGAUGUCAGUCAUUCUUGGGGGGGGGGGGGCAAAGGGUUGAUUCUUAUCAAUCCUUCUGGGUGGAGAGGGGAGUUGAGAGUAAAGUUUCGUUCCAGUAAAUGACAACACUUCAAUCAUUCACCCUAAGCUAUUAACAUGAUUAGUGUAAAAGCACUUCACAUGUUUUGUAUGUCAAGGAUUAAGAUCAAGAGUUUCUUGUUUGCUAACUCGGUUGAAUUUGUGAGCUUUAACACGUAUACAAUCAACUAUACAGACAAGUGCAGACAGUAUUCACCAGCUUCUUGUUGAUUGGUGUUCCAAAAUAUUGACUGUAGCCUUUCUUCAGCUCCUCAUAGGCCAUGAAUUGCAGUGCUCCGUGCAUACGCCAAAAACACCUGGAACGUAACCCUGGUCAAGUAAAAGAAAAUGAUAUGAGCAAACUUUAUGUUCCAUCCAAACACAUAAACUCAGGUUAAUCACUCACAAUACCAUAUCUAAGCUAGGCGAAGAUAGCGGGGUCUUAAAAAAGGCUGAAAUAGCUUUGUAUGGUUCCUGACUCUGAGACUGAUGUUUAUGCUUCUCUUUUGUUUUUGCGCUUACCUUCCCUUUUUCUCUUUUUGAUUGUUUCCCUCCUUUUUUUAAGGAGGAUUGAAAACCACUGUUGGCUUAGUGCAUAUGCAGCAACCAAAACAUACUAACUACAAUAUUAAAAUGUUUUACAUUAAGUCUCAAAAGUGAAUAUCAAAGACAUAAUUGUGAUUGCAUCAUGAAGACCUACAUCUGUAAGAUACCUAAAGUUCUCUGCAAUCAGAGUACCAAACAAUGAGUCACUCAAAAAAAUAGGCCCGAUGCAUUGAUGUAAAGUUUUCAAAUUGUGCUCUAUAAGAGCACUUUUACACUUCCACUAUUGAAUCUCCCAUGUACAUUUAGGAACUAAAGACUAUAUACAUAUAUAUAUUUAAUAAUUCCUCUAUUUUACAACAUUUUAUGCCAUUAUUUUUUGUGUUCUUAAGCCCAAGGUAUUAAGGUACACAUGGAGCGGUACACACCACUUGUGACUUCUUGGAUUUGAUUGACUUUGUUAGAGACCAAUACCCUGCAUACUUCACCACAAGACCAGCACACACAGUCAAAAUAAUCUCAGUUUUUAACUUGAUCAAUCAAUCAAAAAGCUGUCAACCGAUACAUAUCAAGGUUACCUUGUAUAAACCUCUCAACUCCUCAUGUCUCCACAACUUUAACAGAGCAUCUGUAGAGAACAAGGAGUACAAAAUAAGUCAUCCAUCUGGAUUUCAUGUAAGUGAGGAAUUGGUGAGCACAAUUACAUGCGCCACCAACUUGAUUCCAGUUCACAGUGAAAUUGCGAUUGAGAAAAGUACCAAACAAUUUAUUAUUCACUGCUGAAUCAACGUUAGGCUUAUAAGAAACUAAAGAAAUGAUCACAAACUUGAAAGAGCUCUUGAUUUUUAACUACAUUCUCCUUGUAAGUUGCAUGUCUAAAAUGUAUCAAGAACAGAACGGGGGAAAUACAUACUGAUGGAAGUGUGUAAAUGGUUCACUUUUCUUUUCUCUCUCUUAGGUAAAAAAGGUGUCAUUCAUCUUUGCAAACAAAUAUCUUACCAAAAAUUCAUUUUUACUGAGGUGUUUGUGUUUUCAGCAAGGGAAUCAGAAUACUAGAGACAUAAGCGAGUUUUGACCACCCAUAUUGAAUUUGUUAGGUAACCUGGCACAAACCACCAAAAAGUUAAUUCAUCAUUCUAAUUAGCAAAUAGAUGGACCGUAAUCGUUGGAAAGUAAGUCCACGUGAUAUAACUUAAAACUUUUCCUAAAAUGAUCUCAAUGAUAACGCAGCACAAUCGGUUACUCGCCAAACAUACAAUUAUCUAUUUGUUCAAAAUUGAUCAGCGCACUUGAAUGAAUGUGUAAAGGGCAUCGCAUGAAUUAAUGUCUGAUAACAUCUCGAACCGUGAACACGACCCUGAGAGUGACGCUAAAUGAGCACGCUUCAAACUUCGAGUCUCUCAACGGAGACAAACACCCUGUCCCAGAUGCUUUUUCGAAACAUAUUCACAAUUCUUUCAUUACACUUUAUUCGAAUAUCGGUAGUUCUUAACAGUAGAAACAAAACAAGAUUAUAAAGACUGCCUCGAUAAGCUCGUCCGUGGAAAAGCGCCAGAGUUUGCCCGAGAGGUUUCAGAAUUCAGAUCACCUGUACAUGCUCUAUAUUUAAAUUCAAAUAAAAGAUUAUUUGGGACUAGAAGUUAUUAGGAUCGCACAAGUUAUUAGUAAACUUACACAGCCACAGAAUUUAGAAAAGGAACCAAAACUGCAUAGUUUCUUUGAGAUCAGCUUAGAUUUAUAAGGCCUAUUUGGUGCACCGUUUUAUUUUGUCCCUUGUUAGAAGUGCUGUUUCACAGUAAUUUUUUUUUUUGUUUUCAGUCAUUUGCGGCGGUGAAAUAUCGCUUUCAAAAAUCUCACACUUUCAAAAUAUGGCCAACAUUUAUCAAAUAGAACGUAAAAACCACGAUAUUUCCAUAGGGACAUUUUUUAAUACAAUAGCUUUCCCUCGACGGCUUUGAGGUUUUGCGGUGCCUUGAAGGAGAUCAAAUGAAAAAAAGCACAAAAAAAUUCGCCAAAUCUCGUGCAGCAACUUCUUUAUUCUCCAUGUGUAGAGGGCUGGAUUAGUCUUUAAGACGAAUAUCAACAUUUAGACAAAGUAAUUGAUAGCAUGAAUCAUGAGGUUCAUUUUGGAUAAAUGAUUCUAGGCAACUUUUCUCUCAAAUAUUGAUAACUGAGUUCAGUCAAAAAAUAUUGUUUGGGAAUAAAUAUUAAGAGAAUAUAGUUCAAAUUGCUUGACCGGUCGUACUUCUUUUCUGCUUUGAAAAGUGGAAUAUUCAGGACUUAAUUAUCUUCAAGCGGCACCGGUCCGGCGGUUGUAAUUUACGUCCACGGGGGCGUCUUUCCUACAGUAGAAACCUCAUAAAAAAUAAAUGUCCUCAAUGCAUCAAUUUUUGGUCACGGAACCAUAGUUAAAACAAUUUUUAAGGACUUAACUCGGACUCAAGUUUCAAUGCACAAAGGUUGUGCAUUAAGAAACGAAACUACUUGGCGACGAUUUGACGCAAAAUCUCUGGAGGGCUUUUCUUAAGUCAACACAUAAUUCUGAAAUAUUUGAGGGCACUCAAAUAGAUAUCUUUUAGGCUUGAUUUUAAUAAUAUCAGUCCUUUUGCAAUUCUCAUUUCACUUUGCAGCUGAUCCUUGCUAUCAUUAUGAAAACCUGACUGAAGCCAAUAGAAAGAUAGAUUACCUUACACCUCCCGGUUCAGAAUUGUGUGACUACAAACUCCCUGAGGGGUGGUAUCGUUUUGUGGGAGCUGCGGGAACAAAAAUGCCAACAACACGUGUGCCAGCAUACAGAUGUGGUACAGACUGGUCAGGCUGGUUGGAUGGUGCUCAUCCUACAGUGCAAGAUGGUGAAGUUCAAAUGAAGGUUUGCUUUAGUAAUCGUCUAUCUGAGCUCCCGGUUUGCAAAUACUCAACAACGAUUUUUGUGAAAAACUGUGGAUCCUACUUCAUCUACAAACUUCACCACCCACCUGGUUGUGAUUCACGCUACUGUGGUACAGACUGAAUGCGAAGCAAAUAUACAUGGCGCAGUAAGAGGACUCAUAAAUCGCUCCGUAACUACAUGUGUGUAACGUUUUUAACAUGUGACCUACUUAACCUUUCUUCUCUAUCGUGAACAUUAUCAGCAGAUUUUAACUUUGGUGGCAAACAGGUAUUUAUUUCAUUAUAAUGAUAAUUCUCAUCAGAGAGCCUCUGUUAUCGAAGACAGUUGAAGGAUCUUCAAGGUAAUCUUCAAAUAAAAUCUCAAGCUGAUGGUUUUCGAGCCUUUUAAUUGUGAAUUUCUUUUUUUUAGUAUAUUUUUUAAAAUCCUUCUUUAGCUGUAAUUAUUAACCAUGGUUAUUUUAGCGUAGGUUGACGGAAUACAAGGAGGCGCUGUCUUAUAAUAUCGGCGUAGAAAAAAAAAGUAAAGACAGUCAAAAUCUGAUGUCCUAUGAAAUUACACAAAGUUAACGUAAUAAUUGUGACUCAGUAUUUUGGAACGUUAAACAAAUUUCCAGACACACAGUAAGCAAAAUUCAAUGGUUUAGCCUGCGUAACCAUUAUUUAAUUAAGCGCACAGGCACUCCAUUCAUUCAAGAUGAAAUUUGUCAAAACAAUUUUUUGCAGCAAUUUGUAUAGGUAAUCAGGCGUUUCGAGUGCAAUUUGGGAGAAAUCAGCACGAGUAAAUUUUCAAAAGGCUAACCAAAUUGCAUGAGUACGAUUACGUUUAAAAAAAACUGAAUGUAGUUUUUAAAAGUUGACCAUUUUUUCAAAGUUUAAUGUUUUUCUACAACAGAAACGCAAAAAGAAAAAUAUUCGAAGCCGCGAUGUGCUAAAAAUAAGACUUAGAGUAGUACAGGUGAGUUGUAAGGUGUUGUAAACAACUUUGUACACCGUUAAAGCACAUCACCAACAAUAUUUCACAGAAAUGUUAGAUUUGAAAUCAAAAUAACAGUUUCUCAUUGUGAAAUUUUCCUAUUUUUUAACCUGCAAAAAUGUUUAAAGAAUCCUAUGAAAAAUAAUGAGCGCUGGAGAAAAACCCGCAAGAGCCACUUCUUUUCUAGGACUAGUCUUUGAAUCAUUUGAUGUUUAUUUGUUUCUAAUUUACAAGAAGAGACCCGAACACAAAGCAAAUGAGGCGAGUUUAUUAACAACGUAUCAAACUAUCCAAAAAUCGUUGGUGCUCUUUUCAAAGGAAAGUGACAUGAGCUGAGUCACUUUGUGACUCAGCUACUUGAGUGGUAGAAGGGCAUCGCAUAUGUAAUCUCAUCAUUUAACAAAAACUUUAUCCCUUUGUAAAUACAUUUAACUUACAAGGACUUUUUUAUGUAGUCCAUAUGCCAGAGUAGGUUCUCGGUACCACUCAUCUAAUGAAAUGUUAUGUAAAAGACUCUUCAAAUUCACUUGAUAGCAAUCGCGAAAGAGUAGCUUCUAUCAUAAUAUCAGUAACCAGGGAAAAUGACAACAACAACAAAGAAAUGUUCGGGUAAAUGCAUGAAACCAGAACCCAGUAAGGCAAAAACAAAGUAAUCAAUCAAAACUGGUUUUAACUUUACAUGACAACAAUUCAGUAAUAAAUGAAGAAACUUAUUGUAAAAGAUUGUAACGUAAGGAACAGCAAAAGGAGAGUAAGAUAGUUUUCUUUAGAACUGUCACAAUUAAUUUAAUAUUGAACAUUUUCCUUGAUUAAAUUGCAGGUAAUUCUCCCACAAGUAAUGUUAGAAUUCAAUUGUCAAUUGUUAUUAAAUAAACAGCAAUAAUAAUAAAAAAAAAGGAAAACUUGCAAAAAAGGCAUCUCUCAACAAAGGGAUAAAUUAUUGUUAUCUGUAGGGGCUAAGAAUAGUAAUGGCUACCUUUUGCAUUAUUGUACAUAAAAUGCUCUGAGAAAAACUUAUUUUCACAUAACGCCGGAGCAUGAAGCGUUACUAAUGAAAUGUGUAGACGCACUGGGUUGUUAACUUUGCACCUUAACGAAUUUUUUCUUUUUUUCCAUAAAUGGAAUCAGUCGGAGCUGUUGCUGAAUAAAGCCUGGUAAUAAAACCACCCGCUGAAAUUUUGCCCCUCGUCUUCCAUCGCUGGAUUGCAUUAUUUGCCUGUCAAUGUCAUCUGUUUCCGAAGGAAGUGAAUAACGCACACCAUGAAUGUGAGUGCGCAUGCUGGCGUUACUCUAAAAAACAAUCAAAUGAAAAAAUACAGUAAAACCAAUAAUGAACGUGUUCACAGAUAUUGCAGUUUCUGGAUAUCUUCCAUAGCGCUCCUUGGCUGGAUUUCCGAAAUUCGAAAAAAAAAAAGCAGAAAACCGCAAAAGUUUACACUAACACAUGAGAUGAAGCACCGCCGAGUUCUGUCCAGUUGAACAUGUGGAUUUUCUUUCGCCUCUGUCAAACCAACGAGAUGAAAAUACCUUAAAAUACUGAUUACUUUUUCUACCGCACACCUUUUCUUUGACAUGUUACAGUAUUGUUAUUACAGAGGUGAAUUGCCCAUCAGUUGGCAUUCUAGGCCCAGAGGUUGUCUUAAGCUUUACUUUGAGCCUUACUGGUGAAAUGAGAGUGACUUUGCUCUAGGCUGAGAGGUCAUUACCUUCUAUCAAAAUCAAGACACCUGACAUCUCCACAAAUGUUAAUGAGUGAAAAAAGUGACUACAGCACUUAGGUAAUCUGGCCCAGACCACCAAAACUUUCCCCAACAUCUCAAAAAUAACGCAACACAAUCGGUUUACACGCCAAACAUAAGAUUAUCUAUUUGUAUAGAAUUAAUCAGCGCAUUAGGACGAAUAUGGAAAGGCUAUCGGGCAUCAAGUGAAUUAACAUCCGAUAACAUCUCAACUGUGAACAGGACCCUUGACGUUAAAUGAGUACGCUUCAAACUUCAAGUCUCUUGACUCAGGCAAUCACCAUGUCUAAGAUGCUUUUUUUUUCGAAAUAGUUUCAAAAUUAUUUUAUUACAUUUUUUUUCGAAUUUCUUUUGUUCUUAGCAGUACAUACAAAGCAAGAAUGUAAAUAUUGCAAAGAAAAGCUCGUCCAUGGAAAAGCGCCAACGUUUCACUUAGAGGUUUCAAAUUUCAGAAUUUAGACCACCUGCUCAUGGUCUAAAAUUCAAAUUCAGUUGAAAGAUUCCUUAGGACUAGAGGAUAUUAGGAUCACACAGUUCUAACUCAAUUUAGUCAUCUCAAUAAAAUUUUGUUCAAAAGUUCUCUUCUAUUGUUCAGUCGCAUGUCACAUUUAAACAAUGUUAAAAUGAGUGAGCAAAGCUGCGUAAAAAAAAAACAAACAAACAAACAAAAAAAACCCAGAGAGAGCAAGCCUCUACUAGUAUAAAAAAGUUUUGUAUUCAAAUGAUGGUCAUUAAUACCUUUUAGGACCUGUCAAGUCUCUCAUUUUAAAACAACCUAUACGAUACCAUAACAUAUUGCGGUGACGAAAGGGUUGGAAUACACGCGAGAAUUCUUCAGUGCUGUAAUUUGGGAGCAGCUUACAUCAUAAAUUUAAGUAACGUAAGGAUAAAAAGAAUUUGAACUGACACAUGUUAGAUGACAAAAAAAAAAACCUGUCACAUUUGCAGCCUCAUUAACUUAAAUGAACUUCACAGUCGCCCAAUUGUUAGUGUCAGGCUGAGUAAUAAAUUAUUCAACUUUUUCUGGAAUUACGUGGGUUUGAUUGCAUUUCCGUAGAAUAUUUCUGCAAUUUAUUUAGCCUGAUCCUAAACUUAAAUUCGAUUGUAGCUUCAUCUCUGCACUCAAGUUUUAAUGUCGUUCUCGAAUAAUGGAAUCUUGUUUACUAUGAACAAAUUAACUGCAUCCCACAUAAUCAAUAUUUGCUGUACUUGAAACAGACAAUUUGACGUUCCUCAAGGUUAAUUAUGUUUUCCUUAGCUCAUGGAUGGGUUUCUUUUGUUAGGCGAUGGAUUACGAAAAGAUGACAGGGAUGUGUUAUGAAAAUACUCCUAAGAGCUGUUUUGAAAGUAGCUUUCGUAUGUUUGUAACUAAAAUUUACCAAACUUUAAUUUGUGCCUAAAAGCUAAUAAUUUGUACCGAUUAGUUUUCAUUUAAAAUUAAUGAAACAAAUAUCCUCGCCAUUGGUUAGCAAACAUCGCAAACAGAACGACUAUAAUAUUUUAACUUCCGACCCGAAUCUUGUUGAAUUCAAUACUUGAGAGGAGCGAAAACAGAAACCAUGAAGUUCUUUUUCAAUGUUAAUUAUUAGACUUUGGCUUAAAACAAACGGUUGGUAUCGUAAUCAUAGUCAUAAUACCUUGAUGAAAGACAGCAUUUUUAACUCGGUAGCAAUCAAGUGGUUGAGGAUCGCAUUUCGUAUAUUUAUCAGCUCUAGAGUUACGUAGAAUAAGUUUGACUAAAAUCCCAAAAUAGAGUUUGGUAAAUAUUUGAGGGAAAACUAACUACGGCUACCUUUUAGGAUUUAGUUUUCAGAUAUCACCUAUGAAUGCCAUCCAUAGAAGGUCUGUGUAUUUGUUUUAACACGAUGGUGGUCGAAUUCUACUUUGUUUCUACUUUCCCUCGACGGUUUUGAGGUUUUGCGGUGCUUUGGAAAAGAUUAAACGGAAAAAAAAAUUGUGGCAAAUGUCGUGCGGGAACUUACUUUAUUCUCUAUGUAUAGAGGGCUGAAGUAGUCUCUAAGACUGCCAUAAACAAUUAAAACAAACAAUUGAUAGCGUUCAUAUAAGUUUCGGCUAGAACUGAAACAUGAGGCUCGUUUUGGAUAAAUGAUUCGAAACAACUUUUCUCUUAACCUAAUGAUAACUGAGUCAAAAAAAUAUUUUUUUGGGAAUAAAUAGUAAGAGAAUAAAUUUCAAAUUGCUUGACCAAUCAUACUUCGUUUCUGCUUUAAGAAGUGGAAUCUUCAGGAAUUAAUUAUUUUUAAGUCACACAGGUGUUCUUAUCUCGGACUCAAGUUUCAAUGCACGAAGGCUGUGCAUUGAGUAACAAAGCUACCUGGCAAUAAUUUGACGCAAAGUGCGAAUGUAAUUUCUGGAGGGCUCUUCUUAAGUAUGUCGACACAUCAUUCUGAAAUGUUUGAGGGCGCUCGUUUUUGAGCAGAGGUGAAUUAUAUAUCUUUUAGGCUUAAAAGCUUUUGAGAGCUGAUAACCAAGUCUCCCUGACGUUAAUGAGUGUGGGUCUCUAAGGAAUAAUUGCGUGUUUAUCAUUCGCUAUUCCUUUUCAAGGUAAGUGAAAUUCUCUGUUAUCAUGAAGAUGAGAAAUAAGGUUAUUUUCUGUGCUAAUAAAACAAAAAAAUUGAACGCGCUUCAUCCGUGUGUUGAUACAUUAAAGAAAAAAUUGAAAGCGUUUGAGCUCAAACAUAUGAUACAAAAUAUUUUACUGCGGAAUUCAUAGAAGCAAGCACUCAUCUUUUACCAACACAACCUACGACAAGACAAUUUUUUUUCGCUAAAGAACAAAUUAAUGAUUCGUGCAAACGGUACAGAAAUCAUGUAAAGAGUUCUACCGUGUACAACGUUAAAAAUAAAAUCGAGACCAAAGAUUUGCCGCAAUUAGACUGGCCUUUUUCAAUUAAAAAGCCUCAAUUCAAUGGACGAAUUCACAAAGCAAGUUCAACCCUCAUAUCUUCCCUCUUAAACUGAUAUGAAAGAAGGAAUCGAAUCAUUUCGUUCAAACCGAAUCUUUCGAGCGAAAGUUCUGCCUCGUUGUUUAACAAGGGUGGCGGAAAAUUGCAAGCACAGUAAGGUAAGGUAAGGAAAAACCGGAGUCUUAUUUAACUUUUGUUUUCUUACCAAAUUGCCAUAGCUUUAAUAUUCUCCCCCAUAAAUCGAAUAGUCACGAAAUGUUUUGUUGUCAUAACAACAUGGAUCAAGACAUUUCAACAAAUAUUUGGAUGCUUGCCUCACUCGUUUCAUUUUCAUCUGUUAGUCGUGAGGCCGAUCAACAUCUCAGCCGCGAUUCUGUCUAAGAAACAACCUUUACAAUUCCCAAAUAACUGCAAAAGAUGUAAUAGUUGCCAAUAUCGAAGAAGCGGAUGAACAAAGGUAUAGCGACUCAGACAGUAAAACAUUUAAUAGACGUGUUGUUGACUUGCAGCCGACUCAGAAUGGAUUUCUUCGUUUCUCUUUAGUUUGUUCGUCUCUCCGUCUUUUUUUAGAGUAUUUUUGUUUAUCUACUUGUUUGGUUUGGUUUGCGUUAAAUCCAUGGGCCAGAAAAAAACGUUCAAAGCAUAUUCCUAAAUAAUAUACACUUUCCAAUUUCAGCAUUGGUGACGAUGGCGUGGAAUUCAAGCUUCCUCAUCCUAUUGGCCUGUUUGUAUCUCAUGAACCUCGCUAUUGCUAAGAAUCCGUGCAAGACAGAAGUUAACGUACCUGGAAUGGCUCUCAAAGGCUUCGUCUUUAAAAAGGUCCCAGUAACAGCUCCUCAUGUGUGCGAUAUCACCUGCGAGAGAGAAACGAUAUGUCAAAGCUACAAUUACGUAAUUGGGGAAAAGUACUGUGAAUUAAACACCCGAACCAAGGAAGCAAGGCCCGAGAAUUUCCAGCCAGAUGAUUUACGCUUUUACAUGGGACGCAUUAGUGGUAGAAGUAUGUAUCCGGUUUAGUUAAUUUUAAAUACAAAUCUUUCUCAAUGAGUUCUUAGUAAAAACCUGCCACUUUCCGAGAGCAAAUGUCUGAUUGCAUUGUUAUUUAAUACGUUAAUAUCAGCUAAAAUUCACAGAUCCUUAUUAUUAUUAUAAUUCCGUGUUUACCUUGCCCGAACAAAUAUAUUUUCAACCUUAUCUGUUUUGAAACUUCUAUUAACCUUAAACUAUAUAUUAAUGAAGUCAUGUCUACAUCAUAGCCGCCUUGGGAUCUAUUCCUGAAUUACCAGCGUUAUCGUGCCAGGAGAUAAAAUUAAGUGAAGGUAAAGACAGCAUCAGUAAAAGGUAUUGGUUGGAUCCAGCUAAUGCCGGAAGUUCAAAGUUGGUUUACUGCGACAUGAUUUUGGAUGGUAAGUCAGUAUACCAAGAACAGAAUUUACACAGUGUUUGGUCUGCCUCUGCCCUGGCCUUUUGUGAAAUGUUUUCUCCCCGUCUCAGUGAUUUAAUCGAUUACUUUCCAAUUAGACAUUGAUGAAUGCAAAGGCAGUAAUAACAUUUGUGACCAAAAUGCAGACUGCUCCAAUACUGUUGGGUUUUAUAAUUGCACGUGAGAUUUACUGGGGAUGGACACUUGUGCUCAGGUAAAAUAGUUACAGACAUGCCGAGGUACAAUAUUUAAUUCUUUUUCGCCUAAAAGCUCUGUACAUUUGAGCUAUCUACAAUCGAGUAAUUAAGUGAAUAAUAGACCGAUAAUAACUUGCAUGCUAUAUCAGAGAAGCCUUAGCAUUAAACAAAGCAAUUUUAGCAGGAACUAUUGUCACACUAGUGGUAAGUUUUUCUUUUUAAGCAGCAUUACCCAUACAUGUUUAUGCACGGAGUUGCCAUGAUCUACAUCAUGUUAGGAGAUGUAAAAGAAAAAACAUUGGAGAAGAGAAUAUAAUAUCUAGAUUACACGUUAAAGACGAAAAAUUGAAAGCUAUUGCUUAUUAUUUGAAAUGAUUCAAGUAAUUACAAAUCGUUAGGUGACAAAAAUAAACUACAAAUGCAUCUACGGUUUCUUAGAUAUUGACAAGUGUAAAGGAAAUCACUUGAAUGCUAAGUGCAAUAAUACCCUUGGAUCACACGUAUGUGAAUGUCAGCCUGGAUAUUCUGGGAAUGGACAAACCUGCACAGCUGAAUUUAAUUUCUUCGUUACAAUAUUUAUAAUAGUCCUGCAUGACACGUUUGACUACAGCGCCGCACCAUUCGGCCGCGUUGCGAGACAAUUAGAUAAUUUAUUACUCAUGACUCGUUAGGAUUUAAGAAGCCGUUUUUUCAUGUUACGAACCUCUUACGUAAUGUCCCUGACUUUUAAAUGAACAAUUUUGGUGACGAUGCAUUGCUAUUCUCCUCUAAAAUUAACCUUAUCACAAUGAUUGAAAGAAGUAUGAAAAUGAAUUGCUCGUUUGGCUCUGAACCCUGUGCACAGGAUGGAUAUUGAUUUUCCAUGGUGCUACGUUUUCGUUGACGCUUAAGAUAUAUUUGAAUGAAAAAGUUAAAAAUCAUUAUCAUCGAGUUUUAUAAAAUAGUCAAGAUACUACGAGCGUCCUGAUUGGUCAAAAAACAACCCUCUGAUGGCGCCGAUAAAUCGAUGGAAAAUUGAAGUUUGUGUUAUUAAAGUAACAGACUCCACUUUCUAUCAGUUUACCAACAUAGUAAACGUCUCCAGAUGUUGGGAAACUAUUCGAAAAAGUAAACUGAUAGAAAGAGCGAUGAAUAAAUGAGGUAAGUCUCUAAAGAAACUGUGAUGCUGCGUCGGUGGGAGAGUAUAACAGGGUGAUCAAGUAUUAUCAACCGAGUUGAUAACGUAUUUUGGCCACCGUAAAGAGUUUUAAAGCUAACGCUCAAAACGACAGCUUCGUAACUAUUACGGUGGUCAUUUUACAUUAUUACCUCAGUUAAUUAAACCAAAUAAUCUCACUAAUACGAUUUGUGGCAAAUGCAAAAAUUAAUAAAAAAGGGAAAAGGGAAAAGAAAAAUUUUUUUUAUAGAAAUGAGAUGUUGACUCCUGAAGGGAUUGUAUAUUUUUCUCGGACCUUAUCUGACCAAGUCUUCAACAAUUUUUUUUUACCAUGUACGUUCUCUCAGACGUUGACGAAUGCAGCGAGGCCCAUCCCGUUAAAAUGGACAAAUGCCAUUCGAAUGCAUCUUGCGCUAAUACCCAGGGCUCAUACAACUGUUCUUGCAAUCCUACGUUUAUUGGAGAUGGUUUUGACUGUGAAGGUUAGUUUGGUUUUUGAAGGCGAUGUAAUUUGUAUUUUGUUUCCCACGUUGAAUGUAGCAGUAAAUUGCUUAGAGUUGACUUCCGAAAUUCACAUCGAAAAAGUUGACUUUCACCCGGAAUUCACAUCGAGGAGACAUAAUUUUACGCUACUUUGUGCACAAAAACGAAUCGCUUUUUUAUUGUGUUUUAAAUGUUUAACAACCUUACACGAACUUUUACAUGAUACAGACAUGACACCCUCUGUAGAACUAAAAAACAUUUAAGAAUCUCUAACCUUAAAAGAUUCCCUUACAAUAAUAGCGUCUAUGAUCCUUAUUUGAGUUAUGCAAGCCAAUGAAUGAGUUGCCAGUAAUCGGAUCCUUGUGUUUUCGCAAAGAUUUCUGGGAUCGCCACGGGGCAAACAUUACGACUGUUCGAGGUCCAAAAAAAACCAUUAUGGAGAGAGAUCAUGGCCUUUUCGUCGCUUUUUUAUCAGAAUUGGAUUGGGUAAUGUCGAUACAAGGGAAGCGUGAUUUUUGUGUGAACAACCAUGAAAUAUGAGGUAAAAUGCACCUAUUAACUUUUCACCAUGCGCAAGGUUUAUUGCGAAAUUGACAUCUUGUACUGGUCUCAAAAUUUAAACAUAUUAGCUAUAAAUCGCUCAAACCAAAUAACUCAAUUAAGCCUUUUCAGUUUUGUUUACGCGUGCUAAGUCUACUUCUAGCUUCUAGCUUUUUUCUUGACGUGGUAAUACAAAAGAGCGCUACAACAGCUACCUCGAAGCAGCAGGAGAUUGAAAUGGUGUGCUUGGGCAUUGAAUAUUACCGCAAUGCAUUAAAGUGAUUAAACACCUACACUGCUUCUUUACUGUGGUAAAUGAGAACGAAACGGCAUUAAUAAUCGGCGCAAAACUAAACCCUCUCUUCUCCGAGAAUGCGUAGGUACAAAUAGGUCGCUUAAGGAGCGAUGUACAAGUGAAUAUAUGCCCAAAGUUCCUGCUGGACUUUCAGUUAUCUGUCCUUCCCCUCCAAGGAGUUCGAGGAGAAAGUGGCAGCACAAAAAUCUUGGGAUUGUUCUCAAACAAACUAUCACUCGACCUAGGGAUUUUCUCGUGUUUUUCAUUGCUUAUUUCAUCCUUCCAAAGAGCAACAUCCCUAUAAAAAACAAUUUCCAUCCCCACUGACAACGACUUCUCUCCUGUAGAGGAGGUAUAUUUACAUACGUCGUAAUUUGUAUAAGUAAUCGCAUGGGGCCGAGUAAAAUUAAGGAUUAAAGAUUAAGGACGCCAUUGUUACAGAGGAUUUUUAGCAACAACUACUCGAUAGCAUAAGCUGUUGCUAGGCAACCUGAGAACCAAUAGUGAGCAAGUCAUUUUGCCCCAUUCACAAGGGAAAUUAAGAAAAAAUACCCUCUUCAUGACCAAUCAGCAUUCAUUUUUUUACCCGCUAUGUUAUUAGUAUAUUUUAUACAACUGAAAAGACUUAGUAAGUUGUUUCCUAACGAUUUAUGGCUAAUUCUGUUAUAUGUCGAGACCAUCACGCCAUGACGAUUUCAUAUUAGACCUUAUGCAAAGAGAAAAGUUAAUCGGUACAUUUUAAAUUUCGUGUUAAUUGUGACAAAAACUACACUUUCCUCGUAUCAACAUUAUCUUAAUCCAUUUUAUGAUAAAAUUGCGGUGAAAAGCGUUGAGCUCUCUCAAAAAUAGGGCUUUUUGGACAUCGAAACAACCUUUUACCAUACAUUUCUUUCUAGCGAGUUGCAAUGUUUGCCCCGUGGCGAUCCCAGAAAUCUUUGUACAAAGUUAAAGAUCCGAUUACUGGCAAUUCAUUCAUUCGCGUUAGGAUUAUAAAUAAUUGGAUGAUGCUGAUAGACAGAGAGUCAUUGCACACUCCUGGGACUUAGUUGUGUUACUACCAAACACCUCUGAGCUGGUAUUGUUGUGUGAGAACUGAGGAUCAAAAAUUUCUUAAACGCAUUUGGUAGAAUCCAGUUGAGGUACAAACAACUACAGGCUUUGACAGACGAUUAAAGCAAGACUUAACAUAACUCUUUAUAUUGCUAUCAUAUCAUUUUAGUUCCUAUUUGCAUCAUCAUUGUCCAAUCCAAAUUCUUCUUUAAAUUUUACUUAAAACAUAGUUGUUCUUGUAAAACGUUAGUCCUAUCUAGUUGUUGUCGAACUGAUUGACUUGAAGAAUGUCAACAAAAAAUCUUAUCUUUGUCACAACAUUUUUGUAAUGUUUAUUUCAUUUACUAGCCGACCCCUGUUAUAAUUAUCAAAUCCUGAGUGAUGCCAAUAGAAAGAGCAGUUACGCUACACCACAUGGACAAUCGUUGUGUGACACCGUAUUCCCCACGGGAUGGUAUCGUUUUGUGGGAGAUGCAGGAACAAAAAUGCCAACAACACGUGUGCCACCCUACAGAUGUGGUAACGACUGGUCAGACUGGUUGGAUGGUGCUCAACCUACAAUGGAAGAGGGUGAAGUUCUCCGGAAGGUCUGCUUUAGCGAUCGCUCUGCUGGUUGCAAAUUCAGUUCCAAAACUUCUGUAAAAAACUGUGGAUCCUACUUUAUCUACCACCUUCAACACGAAACUAACUGUGCCUCACGCUACUGUGGCACGAACUGAAUGUGAAGCAAAUAUACUUGGCGUAGUAAGAGGUUUCACAAAUCUAACCGCAGGUACAUGUGUAUAAGGUUUUUAACAUGUGACGUAUUCAACCUUUCCUCUCUAUCGUAACCAUUAUUAUUAAUCUUCAGGUGAAAUCUGUAUGACACAAAAUCUCAAGCUGAUGGUUUUCGAGCCUUUUAUUUAUGUUUUUUUUUUUUGUUUUUUUUCAUCCCUCAAUUGCUGUAAUUAUAAACCAUAAUUAUUUUAGCGUAGGUCAGAAGAAUACAAACAUGCGCGAUCUUACGUUAUAGGCGUAGAAAAAAAAGUGACGACAUUCAAAAUCUGAUGUCUAAUGAAAUUACAUAAAGUUAAUGUAAUAAUAGUGACUCAGUAUUUUGAAACGUUGAACCAAUUUCCAGACACACAGUAAGUAGAAUUCAAUGGUUUAGCCUGCGUAACCGUGUGCUAAAUGUGUCCGAUUCGACCAGAGUUCAUUUGAAAUUAAUGGUCGCUUACAUCUUACACUUAUUUUGAAUCCAAGUUAAAGAUCUUUAAGCAAUGGCUGUAAAGUGUCCCUAUACAGCUUAUUUAACUAAGAGCAUGGGUACUUCAUUCACUCAAGACGAAAUUUGUUAAAAUAAUUUUGUAAAGGUAAUCACGCGUUUCCAGUGCAAUUUGGUAUAAAACUGACAGAACGAAACAACCUUGUACACUGUUCAAGUACAUCACCAACAAUUUUUUCACAGAAAUGUUAGAUUUGAAAUCAAAAUCACAGUUUCUCACUGUGAAAUUUUCCUUUUUUUAUUCCGCAAAAAUAUUCAAAGGAUCCUAUAUAAGCGCAGGAAAGAAACCCACAAAGGCCACUGCCUGAUAUUUCAAGGCAGAUAUGAUAUUUCUUUUCUAAGAGUAGUCUUCGAAUCAUUUGAUGUUCAUUUGUCUCUAAUUCAUAAGAAGAGACCUCAACACAAAGCGAAUGAGGCAAAACAAGGCGAGUUUAUUAACAACAUAUCAAACUAUCCAAAAUCCAUUGGUGCUCUUUUCAUAGGAAAGUGACAUGAACUGGUUCACUUUGUGACUCAGCUUCUUGAAUGGUAUAAAUAGAAAGGCAUCGCAUAUGUAAUCUCAUCAUUUAACAAAAACUGUGUAUCUCUUUGUAAAUACAUUUAACUUACACGGACAUUUUUAGGGCAGUGUAGUCCACGGGCCAGAGUAGGUUCUCGAUACCACUCAUUUGAUGAAAGGAUAUGUAAAAGAAUCUUCAAAUUCACUUGAUAGCAAUCGCGAAAGAGUAGCUUUCUCCAUUUUUUUUAGUGGACUUAAUAUCAGUAACCAGGGAAAAAUGACAACAACAACAAAGAAAUGUUCGGACAAAUGCAUGAAAAAAGAACCCAAUGAAGUAAAAAACAGAGCAAUCAAUCAAAACUGGUUUUAACGUUACAUCACAACGAUUCAGUAACAAAUGGAGAAAGUUAUUAAUAAAUAUCGUAACGUAAGGAUCAGAAAAAGGAAAGUAAAGUACAUUUUUUUUUUUUUACAACUAACUAAAUAUUGUACAUCUUUCUUGGUUAAAUUGCAAGAAGUUUUCACAAAUAAUGUAAGACUUCAAUUGUCAAUUAUUAUUAAAUAAAUAGUAAGGGGAAUGUUCUCCAUAAAAGAACAAAGGGAUAAAUUAUUAUUAUCUAUAGGGGCUAAGAAUAGUAAUGGAUACCUCCUGCGUUACUGUACAUAAAAUACUUUGAGAAAAACCCAUCUUCACAAGACGCUGGUGAAUGAAGAGUUACCAAUAAAAUAUGUAAACGCACUGAGCGGUCAACUUUGCACCUUAACAAAUUUUUUUUUUCCAUAAAUGGAAUCAGUCGGAACUGUUGCUGAAUAAAGCCGCCUAAUAAAACCACGUGCUGAAAUUUUGCCCAUCGUCUUCCAUUGCUGGAUUGCGUUGUUUUCCCAUCGAUGUCAUCUGUUCCCGAAGGAAGUGAAUAAAGUACAACACAAUCGUGAGUGUACAUGCCGGCGUUACUCUAAAAAAAAAACAAACAAUCAAACGAAAAAAUACAGUAAAACCAGCAAUUAACGUAUUCACAGAGAUUGCAGUUUCUGGAUAUCUUCUAUAGCGCUCCUGGGCUGGAUUUCCGAAAUUCGAAAAAAAAAAAAAAAAGAAAAAAAAGAAACCGCAAAAACUUACACUAACACAUCAGAUGGAGCACUGCCGAGUUCUGUCCAGUCAAACAUAUGGAAUUUCUUUCGCCUCUGCCAAACCAACGAGAUGAAAAUACCUUAAAAUACCGAUUACUUUUUCUACCGCUUCUUUGUUGAAUUGCCAAUCAGUUGGCAUUCCAGACCCAGAGAUUGUCUUGAGCUUUACAGCUUUACUUUGGGCCUUACUGGUGAAAUGAGAGUGACUUUGCUCUAGGAUGAGAGGUCAUUACCUUCUAUCAAAAUCCAGGACACCUGACAUCUCCAAUAAUGUUAAUGAGUGAAAAAAAAGUGACUAUUACACUUAGGUAACCUGGCGCAAACCACCAAAACUUUCCCCAAUAUAAUCUCAAAGAUAACGCAAAACAAUCAGUUACUCGCCAAUGAUAAGAUUAUCGAUUUGUUUAGAAUUAAUCAGCGCACGAGGACGAAUAUGGAAAGGCUAUCGGGCAUCAAGUGAACUAACAUCCGAUAACAUCUCGAACUGUGAACAGGACCCUGAGAGUGACGCUAAAUGAGUACGCUUCAAACUUCGAGUCUCUUGACUGAGACAAACACCAUGUCUCAGACGCUUUUUUCGAAAUAGUUUCACAAUUCUUUUAUUACUUUUUUUGCGAAUUUCUGUAGUUCUUAGCAUUAGAAACAAAACAAGAAUGUAAAUAUUGCAAAGAAAAGCUCUUCCGUGGAAAAGCGCCAACGUUUGACUGAGAGGUUUGAAAUUUCAGAAUUUAGACCACCUGUUCAUGGUCUAAAAUUCAAAUUCGGUUAAAAGAUUCCUUAGGACUAGAGGAUAUUAGGAUCACACAGUUCUAACUCAAUUUGAUCAUCUCAAAUAAAAUUUUGUUUAAAAGUUCUCUUCUAUAGUUCGGUCGCAUGUCACAUUAAAACGAUGUUAAAAAGAGUGAGCAACCCCGCAUAAAAGAAAAAAAAAACAAGCAACCCAGAAAGAGCGACCCUCUAUUAGUAUAAAAGUUUUGUAUUCAAAUGAUGGUCAUUAAUAGCUUUUAGGACCUGUCAAGUCUCUCAUUUUAAAACAACAUAUACGAUAAAUACAAUAUCAUAUUGUGGUGACGAAAGGGUUGGAAUACACGCGAGAAAUUCUUCAGUGCUGCAAUUUGGGAGCAGCUUACAUCAUAAAUUUAAGUAACGUUAGUUAAGAUAAAAAGAACUUGAACUGACACACGUUAGGUGACAAAAAAAAAAACCUGUCACGUUUGCAGCGUCAUUGACUUAAAUGAACUUCACAGUCACCCAAUUGUUAGUGUCAGGUUGAGUAAUAAAUUGUUCAAAUUUUUCUGGAAUUUCGAGAGUUUGUUUGCAUUUCCGUUAAAUAUUUCUACAAUUUACUUGGCCUGAUCCUAAACUUAAAUUCGAAUUGUAGCUUCAUCUCUGCACUCAAGUUUUUAUGUCGUUCUCGAAUAGUGGAAUCUUGUUUACUAUGAACAAAUUAACUGCAUCCCACAUCAUCAAUAUUUGCUCUGCUUGGAACGGACAAUUUGACGUUCCUCAAGGUUAAUUAUGUUUUCCUUAGCUUAUGGAUGGGUUUCUUUAGUUAGACAAUGGAUAAUGAAAAGAUGACAGGGAUGUGUUAUGAAAAUACUCCUAAGAGCUGAUUUGAAAGUAGCUUUCGUAUGUUUGUAGUUAAAAAUUAACCAAACCUUAAUUCGUGCCUAAAAGCUAAUAAUUUGUACCGAUUAGUUUUCAUUUAAAAUUAAUGAAACAAAUAUCCUCGCCAUUGGUUAGCAAACAUCGCAAACAGAACGAUUAUAAUAUUUUAACUUCCGGCCCGAAUCUUGUUGAAUUCAAUACUUGAGAGGAGCGAAAACAGAAAACAUGAAGUUCUUCUUCAAUGUUAAUUAUUGGACUUUGGCUUAAAACAAACGGUUGGUAUCGUAAUCAUAGUCAUAAUACCUUCAUGAAAGACAGCAUUUUUAUCUCGGUAGCAAUCAAGUGGUUGAGGACCGCAUUUCGUAUAUUUAUCAGCUCUAGAGUUACGUGGAAUAAGUUUGACCUAUAUCCCAAAAUAGGGUUUGGUAAAUAUUUGAGGGAAAACUUACAACGGCCACCUUUUAGGAUUUAGUUUUCAGAUAUCACCUAUGAAUGCCAUCCAUAGAAAGCCUGUGUAUUUGGUUUAACACGAUGGUGGUCGAAUUCUACUUUGUUUCUACUUCCCCUAGACGGUUUUGAGGUUUUGCAGUGCCUUGGAAAAGAUUAAACGGAAAAAAAAAUUGUAGCAAAUGUCGUGCGGGAACUUACUUUUUUCUUUUUAUAUAGAGGGCUGAAGUGGUCUCUAAGACUAACAUAAACAAUUAAAACAAAGAAUUGAUAGCGUUCAUAUAAGUUUCGGCAAGAACGGAAUCAUGAGGUUCAUUUUGGAUAAAUGAUUCGAAACAACUUUUCUCUCAACCUAUUAUUUUCAAGUCACACAGGUGUUAUUAUCUCGGACUCAAGUUUCAAUGCAUAAAGGCUGUGCAUUGAGUAAACAAGGUACCUGGCAACAAUUUGAAGCAAAGCGCGGAUGUAAUUUCUGCAGGGCUUUUCCUAAGUAUGUCUACACAUCAUUCUGAAAUGUUUGAGGGCACUCGUUUUUGAGCAGAGGUGAAUUAUAUAUCUUUUAGGCUUAAAACUUUCUGAGAGUUGAUAACCAAGUCUCGCUGACGUUAGUGAGUGUGGGGCUCUAAGGAAUAAUUGAGUGUUUAUCAUUCGCUCUUCCUUUUCCGGGUAAGUGAAAUUCUCUGUUUUCAUUAAGAUGAGAAACAAUGUUGUUUCGGCUAUGCUAAUAAAACGUUAAAAUUGAACGUGCUUCAUCUGUGUGUUGAUACAUUAAAGAAAAAAAUUGCAAGCGCAAAGAAUUCAAAGAAGCGAGUACUCAUUUUUUACCAGCACAACCUACAAGGCAAUUCUUUUACCGUUCAAGAAAAAAUUGGAGAUUCGUGUAAACCGUACAUAAAUCAUGUAAACAGUUCUUCCGUGUAUAACGUUAUAAAUAAAAUCGAGACCAAAGAUUUUCCGCAAUUCAACUGGCCUUUUUCAAUUAAAAAGCCUCAAUUCAAUAGACGAAUUCACAAUGCAAGUUCAACCUCAUAUCUUCCCUCUUAAACUGAUAUGGAGGAGCAAUCGAAUCAUUUUGUUCAAACCGAAUCUUUAGCGCGAAAGUUCUGCCUCGUUGUUUAACAAGGGUGACGGAAAAUUGCAAGCACAGUAAGGUAAGGAAAAACCGAGUCUUAUUUAACCUUUGUUCUCCUAUCAAAUUGCCAUAACUCGAAUAUUCUCUCCCGCAAAUCGAAUGGUCACGAAAUGUUUUGUAUCGCCAAAAUGUCGCAACUCAUAACAACAUGGAUCAAGGCAUUUAAACAAAUAUUUGGAUGCUUGCCUCACUCGUUUCAUUUUCGUCUGUUAGACGCGAAGCCGAUCAACAUCUCAGCUUCGAUUCUGUCCAAGAAACAACAUUUACAAUUCCCAAAUAACUGCAAGAGAUGUAAUAGUUACAGAUAUCGAAGAAGCGGUGAACAAAGGUGUAGCGACUCAGUCAGUAAAACAUGCGGUAGACGUGUUGUUGACUUGCAGCCGAUUCAGAAUGGAUUCCUUCAUUUCUCUUCCGUUUGUUUCUCCCUCCGUCUAUUUUUUAGUGCAUUUUUGUUUGUUUACUUGUUUGGUUUGGUUUGCGUUAAAUUUAUGGGCCAGAAAAAACGUUCAAAGCAUAUUCCUAAAUAAUAUACAAUUUUCAAUUUCAGCAUCGGUGGCAAUGGCGUGGAAUUCAAGCUUCCUCGUCCUAAUGGCCUCUUUGUAUCUCAUGAACCUCGCUAUUGCUAAAACUCCGUGCAAGACAAAAGUUAGCGUACCUGGAAUGGCUCUAAAAGGAUUCGUCUUUAAAAAGGUCCCAGUAUCAGCUCCUCAUGUGUGCGAUAUCACCUGCGAGAGGGAAACGAUAUGUCAAAGCUACAACUAUGUAAUUGGCGAAAAGUCCUGUGAAUUGAACUCCCGAACCAAGGAAGCAAGGCCCGAGAAUUUCCAGCCAGAUGAUUUACGCUUUUACAUGGGACGCAUUAGUGGUAGAAGUAUGUAUCCGGUUUAGUUUUUUUUAAAUACAAAUCUUUCUCAAUGAGUUCUUAGUAAAAACCUGCCACAUUCUGAGAGCAAGUGUCUGAUUGCUUUAUUAUUAAAUACACUAAUAUCAGCUAAAAAUUCACGGAUCUUCAUUAUUAUUAUUCUGUAUUUAUCUUGCCCGGACAAAUAUAUUUUCAACUCUAAUCUGUAUUGAAACUUCUAUUACCCUUAAACUAUAUAUUAAUGACGUCGUGUCUACAUCAUAGCCCCCUUAGGGUCUAUUCCCGGACUACCAGCGUUAUCGUGCCAAGAAAUAAAAUUAAGUGAAGGUAAAGACAGCAUCAGUAAAAAGUAUUGGUUGGAUCCAGCUAAUGUCGGGAGUUCAGAGUUGGUUAACUGCGACAUGAUUUUGGAAGGUAAGUCAGUAUACCAAGAACAGAAUUUACACAGUGUUUGGUAUGCCUUUGUCCUUGCCUUUUUGUGAAAUGUUUUCACUAUGUCUCAGAAAUUUCUUCGAUUAAUUUCCAAAUAGACAUCGAUGAAUGCAAAGGCAGCAAUAACGUUACUUGUGACGAAAAUGCAAACUGCUCCAAUACUGUUGGGUCUUAUAAUUGCACCUGCAAAGACGGAUUUACUGGGGAUGGUCACUCGUGCUCAGGUAAAAUAGUUACAGACAUGCCGAGGUACAAUGUUUAAUUUUUUUCUCGUCCAAAAAACACUGAAGGUACAUUUGAGCUAUCUACAAUCGUGUGAGUGAAUAAUAGAAUAAUAAUAGCUUGCAUGCUAUAUCAGUGGAUCCUUAGCAUUAAACAAAGUAACUUAUUAAGUAAUUUUUCUUUUUUUUUUUUAAGCAGCAUUACCCAUACAUGUUUAAGCACGGAGUUGCCAUGAUCUACAUCCGGUUUGUUUCAUAGCCAUCAUGUUAGGAGAUGUAAAAAAAACCGUUGGAGAAGAGAAUAUAAUAUCUAGAUUCCACGUUUCAAAAAAUCUAGUUCAUUAAAGACAAAAAAAAGAGAAAGGUUUUUGUUAAUAUUUGAAAUGAUUAAAGUAGUUGCAAAUCAUUAGGUGGCAAAAACAAAGUGCAAAACACAUUUACGCUUUCUCAGAUAUUGACGAGUGUAAAGGAAAUCACUCCUGUCACGUGAAUGCUAAGUGCAAUAACACCCUUGGAUCACAUAUAUGUGAAUGUCAGCCUGGAUAUACUGGAAAUGGACGAAACUGCACAGGUGAAUUUAAUUUCUUCGUUACAAUAUUUACAAUAGGCCUGCAUGACACGUUUAACUACGGCGCCGCACCAUUCAGCCACGAUGCAAGACAAUUAUAUAAUUUAUUACUCAUAACUCGUUAUGAUUUAGGCAGCCGUUUCUCAUGUUAAGAACCUCUUAGGUAAUGUCCCUGACUUUUAAAUGAACAAUUUUGGUGACUGAUGCACUGUUAUUCUGCUUUUAAAUAGACCUUAAAAAAGUUAUUGACAAAGGAAUGAAAAUAAAAUCGCUCGUUUGGCUCUGAACCCUGUGCACAUGAUAGAUAUGUACGUGACUUUCCAUGGCGUUACGUUUUCGUUGAUAUAUUUGAGAGAAAAAAGUUGAAAAUUAUUAUCAUCAAGUUUUAUAAAAUAGUCAAGAUACUACAAGCGUCCCGAUUGGUCAAAAUUAAUUGUUAUAGGGGGCAAGUUUCUAAAGAAACUUUGGUGCUGCGUCGGUGGGAGAGUAUAGCAGAUAAUUUAGUUAACAACUGAGUUCAAAAUAUAAAUUGGCCACCGUAAAGAGUAAAAAAAGCUAAUCAGCCUUUUUACUCUUUACGGUGGCCAAUCUACGUUUUCAACCCAGUUGUGGACACUAAAUUACCAACUUUUGAUGUUUUAAAUGAUUUAAAAACCUUACACAAACUUUAAUGUGAUGCAGACAUGACUCUCCGUGGAUCUUAAAAACCCUAAAAGAAUCUCUCCAAGAUUCCUUCAUAAAAAGAGCAGUUAUGAUCAAUCAAACUUAUUUGACUUACGCAAGCCAAUUGGCCUUUUGAUUACAAAUAAUUGGAUGAUGCUAGUAGGCAGAGAGUUAUUACACACUCCUGGGAAAUAAUUGGGUACUAGCGAAUACUUCUGGGCUGGUAUCUCUGUGUGGAAGCUGAGGAUCAAAAAUGUCUUAAAUGCAUUUGGUAGUAUCCAGUUGAGCCGGUAAAAACAACUCAGGCUUUGAUGGGCGAUUAAAGCAAGAGGAAAUGUAAUUCUUCAUAAAGCUAUCAUUUCAUUUUAGUUCCUUUGUGCAUCAUCAUUGUCUAACCCAAAUUCAUCAAAACCUGGGUGACGCUAAUAGAAAGAGCAGUUAAGCUACAUCAAAAUUUGGUAAGCUGUUUUGUGAAGUGCUUGCGUCUAGGACCCAAGAAAACAAGACUAAGGUUUCUAAGCUUAUGCUCGGCAACUUCUUCCCAAUUGCAUAUUUUAAAAUUUAUUCUUUUUUAUGUUAUCAUUUUACAGAUAUUAACGAGUGUAAAGGAAAUCACUCUUGUCACGUAAAUGCUACAUGCAUGAACACCAAAGGAUCGUAUGUCUGUACUUGUCACCCAGGAUAUACUGGAAAUGGAAGCGACUGCACAGGUACUUGAUGCAUUUCUUUUGAAACCAUUUCCAUCAGAAAGAAAAGCACUAUCACAUUUGCGAGACUUGUUUUAUCAGCAUACCUUGUAUUGACCCUUUCACUCCUAAGAUCUCAUUAGUAAUUCUCCUUACUGUCUACCAUAUAAUUCUUAUGAUGUCAGUUCUAAGAAUUUGGUAUUGAAUCAACUGAUAAUCCUCGAGCUGAUAUUUUUCCUUAUUCUCGUCACUUUUCUGUUCGAUAUUGUAAUGAUUUGGUAAGGAGAAUUUCUUUCUUGGUCAUUAAAGGGAGUUAGGUGGUUAAGUAAACAUUCAGUGCAAGGUAAAAAAUCUCCACUGGUAAAGGGAGAUUUGAUAGACAGGCUUACAGGACAGAACAACGGAUUUGAACUUGGGGGGACCGAGAUAAAAAAUCUGGUGAGUGGUAAUGUGAAGUGUUUGCGUCUAGAACCACAAGACAACAACUAGGGUUUCUUACGUCAUGAUCGGAGACUUUUUUACAAUUACAUAUAUUUUUUUUUUUUUUAAAGUCAUGUUUAUGAUUUUACAGAUAUUAACGAGUGCAAAGGAAAUCACUCGUGUCACUUGAAUGCUACAUGCAAGAACACCCUUGGAUCACAUGUAUGUCAAUGUCAUGCUGGAUAUACUGGAAAUGGACAAAACUGCGCAGGUGAAUUUAAUUUCUUCACUACAAUAUUUUUAAUAGUCCUAUAUGCCUUCCGGCUACAGCGCCGCAUCAUUUAGCCGCGUUGCAAGACAACUAGACAAUUUAUUACUUAUAACUGGUUUUGAUUUAAGCAGCCAUUUCUCGUGUUAAGAACCUCUUAGAUAAUGUUCCUGACUCUUAAAUGAACAAUUUUGGUGACUGAUGCGUUGUUCUGCUUUAAAAUUAAACUUAUCACAAUGACUUACAGGAGCAUGAAAAUGAAAUCGCUCGUUUGGCUCUGAACCCUGUGAAAAGGAUGGAUAUGUAAAUGAUUUUCCAAGACGCUACGUUUUCGUUGACACUCAAGAUACAUUUGAGCGAAAAAGUUGAAAAUUAUUAUCAUCAAGUUUUAUAAAAUAGUCAAGAUACUACGAGCGCCCUGAUUGGUUAAAAAACAAUCGUUGAUUGCACCGGUAAACCUGUGGAAAAUUGAAGUUUAUAUAUGUUAUUAAAGUAACAGACCGCACUUUCUAUCGGUUUACCAGCGUAGAAAACGUCUUCAGAUGUUGGGAAACCAUUCGAAAAAAAAGUAGAUCAAUCGCCUCCAGCUCGUUCUCACAAAGUCCAGCGUGGAUUAUAUCGCCAGUAAACUGAGAGAAAGAGCGAUAAAUAAAGGUUCUACAAGAACUGCGGUGCUGCGUCGGUGGGAGAGUGCAACAGGGUAAUUUAGUAUUAUCAAUUGAGUUGACGAGGUAAAUUUGCCUCCGUAAAGAGUGUUACAGCGAAUGCUCGAAACGUCACCUUUGAAACUCUUUACAGAGGCCAAUUUGCAUUAUCAACUCAGUUGAUAAGGUGAGAAAAAUAAUGGGGAAGGAAAAAAAUCUAAAAGAAAUGGCAGGUUGAGUCCUGAAGGGAUUGUACGACCUUAUCUGAUCCUUUUCAUAGAACGAAAGGAAACCUUAAGGAGGCAGAGAGAAAUUACACACUCCUGGGAAAUAAUUGUGUUACUACCAAAUACCUCGGGGCUGGCAUCGUUGCGCGGGAGCUGAGAAUCAAAAAUGUCUUAAACGCAUUUGGUAGCAUACAGUAGAGGUACAUACAACUCAGACUUAAAUGGGCGAUUAAAGCAAAAGGAAACAUGACUCUUUGUAAUGCUAUCAGUGAUUGAGGAAGGGAUAACGCUCGAAACGUCAGCUUUUUUACCCUUUACGGUGGCAAAUUUACGUUUUCAACUCGGUUGUUAACACUAAAUUACCUGCUAUAAUUAUCAAAACCUGGGUGAUGCCAAUAUUAAGAGUAGUUACUCUACACCGAAAUUUGGUCCAGUGUUUUGUGACGACCUAUCCCCAAGGGAUGGUACGUUUUGUGGGGAGCAGCAGGAACAAGCCAGUUGUUUCAGAGCCGAUAGCUUGAUAAACUGAAAUACUCGUGAUAAAAUAUACGUUUCAAAUAUCUAAUUCGUGGAACACAAAAGAGAAAAAAUUGUUUUAUUAUGUAUGAUUAUCAAAGUAAUCACUCGACUGAGAGUCCGCUCAUUUUAAAGUGACAAACAUGAUGAAGUGCAAAUAUAUAUGUGGUUUCCUCAGAUAUUGACGAAUGUAAAGGAAAUCACUCUUGUCACGUGAAUGCUAUCUGCACGAACACCAACGGAUCCUAUCUUUGUGAAUGCCACCCUGGAUUUAAUGGAAAUGGUCAAAGCUGCACAGGUGAAUUUAAUCUCUUUGCUAUAAUAUUUAGAAUAUUCCUGCUCGAAUAUUAUCUGAAGCUGCUGAGGUGGCCAUAUUAUUAGUUUCUCAUAUGUAAACGAUACCGGUUGUGCCCUAAGUCUGCCUAGAGCUGUCCUUUAAUGCAUUGUCUGAAAAAGAAGGAGCUCAAAUUUGGAUCCUGAUGAGUUUAUCUAGAUUUCCAAUAUCACUGUUUUAGUCUCAAAGCCUUAAAGUAGUUAAAGACAUGCGAGUUACAAUGUUUAAUUCGUUUUCGCCUAAAAACACUGUAGGUACAUUUAAGCAAUUGCUAUCUACAAUCGAGUGAGUGAAUAACAGACCAAUAAUGACCUGCAUGCUGUAUCUGUGGAUCCAUAGCAUUAAAUAAAGCAAUUUUAGCAGGAACUAUUGUCCUACCAGUACUAAAGACGAUCGUUAGCAAGCGAUCUAAGAUUUUAGGGCUUAGUUACCUUUUGUAAUUCAGCGUGGCUUUAAGCAACGUUGGGGCUUUUCUUUGAUACAUUUCUUAAACCAUAUAUGAAAACUCUAAGAACGGGUGCUGUUAAUUUUAUCGUGAAUUAAUUCAUCAAUAAAUUAAACUUGCUUCAUGUUGAAGUUUAUCAAAAUGAAACAACACGAAGGUUACCUGCUGUAUUAUUCAGUGUUAUUUGUUGUCAUUGUCGUUUUAACCGUGAUUAAUUGUUCUGCGAAUUGAAGUCAGAGAUAAAAAAAAUUUGAGAAUAGCUCGGGCUGCACUUUUUUAUGUCUUUAGUUUUGAUCAGCGCCGGUGAAAAAUUAAAUUAAAAAAAAAAAACAAAAUAAAACAGGAACGAAGUCUGAUUCCUCAGUCUAACCGUUUCGUUGGUGACUAGUUUGAGUGCAUUUCAUUCGUUCAUGGUUAAACGGGAACUCAUUGUAAACAACUCCAUCGUUGGGUCGCUUGAUCUCUACAUGUUUCGCCAUGACUCCUGCUUAAAAGAGGUGUACUGUCAUGAUUGAGAAGAAUAUUCAGUAAACAAGGGAAAAAACGGCGACGAUUUCAAUUCCAAAUUAUACUUUACAAAAUUAUGAAGAAAAACGAGUAGUGCUGAAAUCUAAAAGCACGAAACGAAAUGACAGCGAUACAAAUCAUAGAAAAAAUAUAUAUUUAGUGGGCUUCAAAAUUUGAUAGAUGAAUCUGCAGACUCGAGACUUAACUGAAAUGAAAUAAUUUCAAAGUUUCAUCGCCCAUGUGGAUUCAUAUUAACAACUCACUUGUAGUAAACUCUCCUCGGUUUGUGCUUGUCGUUACACUCUCAAAGAGGAUAAUUUCGUUGUCCUUCAAGUGGUCUAUGAAACCGAAAAUUCAAGGCUGAUAAUGAUCCGAAAGAGCCAAGGUUAGGAUAUUCAAGAAAAAAUAUAACGUGGACGGUUCGUUGAAACGACUGCUAAGUCACUUUUCAACACAACGCGACGGUCUUCUCGACCCAGUUUUUUCUCGGCAUUUUUGCUGUGCGCGCCGUUUUGAAAUGACGUUUCCGUCCUCUUGCUAAACCACUCUUUUAACGAGUGUGAAGGAAAUCAUUCCUACCACGUGAAUGCUACAUGCAUGAACACCCUUGGAUCACAUGUAUAUGAAUGUCACCCUGGAUAUGCUGGAAAUGAACAAAACUGCACAGGCGAAUUUUAUCUCUUUCCGAAAUGACAUAAUUGACUCCAGCGCCGCACCAUUCAGCCGCGUUCACUCAUAACUCGUAAUAUAAGCAGCGGUUUUUCAUGAAGGCGAUGAAAUUUUUAUUUUGUUUCCCGCGUUGAAAGUAGCAGUAAAUUCCUCAGUGUUGACUUUUAUCCGAAAUUCACAUCGAGGAGGCAUAAUUUUAUGCUACCUUAAGCACAAAAACGAAUCAUUUUUUGAUUAUGUUUUAAAUUAUUUAACAACCUUACACGAACUUUUACGUGAUGCAGACAUGAAACUCUCCGUGGAACUAAAAAAACCUUCAAGAAUCCCUGAGCUUUAAAGAUUCCCUAAUAAUAAUAAUAGCAGCUAUGAUCCUUAUUUGACUUAUGCAAACCGAUGAAUGAGUUGCCAGUAAUCGGAUCCUUGUGUUUUCGCAAAGAUUUCUGGGAGCGCCACGGGGCAAACAUUACAUCUCUCUAGAAAUAAAUGUAUGGCGAAAGGCUGUUUCGAGGUCCAAAGAAGCGAUUACGAAGAGAGAUCAUCGCUUUUUUGCCGCUGCUUUAUCAGAAUUGGAGUGGGUAAUGUUGAUUCAAGGGAAGCGUAAGUUUUGUUUGAACAACCAUGAAAUAUGAAGUAAAAUGAGCCGAUUGACUUUUCACCAUGCGCACGGUUUAUUGUGAAAUUGACAUCGUGUUCUGGUCUCGAAAUUUAGACAUAUUAGCCUUUUCAGCUUUGUUUACGUGUCUUAAGUCUACUUAUAGCUUCUAGUUUUUUUCUUGGCUUGGUAAUACAAAAGAGCGCUACAACGAUACCUUGAAGCACCAGGAGAUCGUAAUGGUGUGAUUGGGCAUUGAAUAAUAUCGCGAUGCAUUAAAGUAAUUGCUUAGGAAAUCUUUGUGCAAACGCAAGGAUCCGAUUACUGGAAACUCAUUCAUUCGCGUUAUAAUUAUAAAUAAUUGGAUGGUGCUAAUAGACAGAGAGUCAUUGCACACUCCUGGGACUUAAUUGUGUUACUACCAAAUACCUCUAGGCUGGUGUCGUUGUUUGGGAACCGGAGAUCAAAAAUGUCUUAAACGCGUUUGGUAGCUUCAAGUUGAGGUACAAAGAACUACAGGCUUUGAUGGGCGAUUAAAGCAAGAGUUCACAUAACUCUAUAUAAUGCUAUCAUUUCAUUUUAGUUCCUAUUUGCAUCAUCACUGUCCAAUCCAAAUUCUUCUUUAAAUUUUACUUAACGCAUAGUUGUUCUUGUAAAACAUUAGUCCUAUCUAGUUGUUGUCGAACUGAUUGACUUGAAAUGUUAUCUUUGUUUCUACAACCUUUUUGUAAUGUUUAUUUCAUUUACUAGCCGACCCCUGUUAUAAUUAUCAAAACCUGAGUGAUGCCAAUAGAAAAAGCAGUUACGUUACGCCGAUAGACGAACCAUCUUUGUGUGACAAGUUACUUCCCACGGGAUGGUAUCGUUUUGUGGGAGAUGCAGGAACAAAAAUGCCAACAACGCGUGUGCCAGCAUUCAGAUGUGGUACAGACUGGUCAGGCUGGUUGCAUGGUGCUCAUCCUACAGUGGAAGGUGGUAUAGUUCACAGGAAGGUCUGCUUCAGUGAUCGUUCUUCUGGUUGCAGAUAUUAUAAAGAUAUUUUUGUAAAAAACUGUGAAUCCUACUUCAUCUACACACUUUACAUACCUUUCUGUCCCUCGCGCUUCUGUGGUACAGACUGAAUGUGAAGCAAAUAUAUUUCGCUUAGCAAGAGGACUCUCAAAUCGCUCCGUAGGUACGUAUGUAUAUGGUUUUGAUAUGUGACGUAUUCAACCUUACUUUAGUGGCAAACACGUAUUUAAUUCAUUAGAAUGAUAAUUCUCAUUAGACAUCGCCUGUCAUCGCAGAGAGUUGCCCGAAGGAUCUUCAAAGUAAUCUUCUAGCAAAAUCUGUAAGACAAACUCUCAAGCUUAUUUUCGAGCCUUUUAUUUAUGUUUUUUUUUUCAUCCUUCAAUUCCUGUAAUUAUAAACCAUGAUUACUUUAGCGUAGGUUAGUGGAAUAAAAACAGGCGCAAUCUUACGUUAUAGGCGUAGAGAAAAAAGUGAUGACAGUCAAAAUCUGAUGUCCUAUGAAAUUACAUAAAGUUAUCGUAAUAAUUGUGACUUAAUAUUUUGAAACGUUUAACAGAAAGCAAAUGAGGCAAAGCAAGGCGAGUUUCUUGACAACGUAUCAAAAUAUAGAAAAAUCGUCAUGGACUUUUUAAAGCAAAGUGAUAUGAGGUGGGUAAGUUGUGGCUCAGCUUCUUGAGUGGUGUAAAUAGAAGGGCAUCGUGUAUAUUCUCUCAUUAUUUAACAAAAACUGUGUAUCUCUUUGUAAAUACAAUUACCUUACACGGACUACUUUCAGCUGAGUUUCAUAACACAAACACGACAGUAAAUUUUAAGGGCAGUGUAAUCCAUGGGUCGGAGUAGGUUCAGUGAAGUAAAAACAGAGCCAUAAAUCAAAACUGGGUUUAACUUUACAUCGCAACGAUUCAGUAACAAACGGAGAAAGUUUUUAAAGAUUUUAACGUAAGGAACAGAAAAGGAAAAUAAGAUAAUUCUUAACUAAAUAUUGAACAUUUUUCUUGAUAAAUUGCAAGUAAUUUUCGCAAGUAAUGUUUGAAUUAUUAAGUAAUAAAAAAAAAAACCUUUCAAAAAGGCAUCUCUUGUAGUUCAUGACUUUGUUAGUGCCAAGGGAAUGUACAUAAAUUUCAUACCCGCAAGGGACAAAGGGGGGGGGAGGGGGGAGGGUUCUUCAUAAAAGAACAAUGGGAGAAAUCAUUGUUAUCCUUAGGACCUGAGAAUAGUAAUGGAUACCUCUUGCAUUGUUGUACAUAAAUUGCUCUGAAAAAAUAUCAUAUUCACGUGCCACUGGUAAAUGAAGUUACCGAUAAAAUGUGUAAACGCACUGGGCAGUUAACUUCGCACGGCUAAUAUAUUUUUUCCAUGAAUGAAUCCGUCGGAACUGUUGCAGAAUAAAGCCUGGUAAUAAAACCACGUUCUAUAAUAUUGCCCAUCGUCGCCCGUUGCCGGGUUGCAUUAUUUAUCCUGUUGAUGUCAUCUGUCCGGCAGAAGGAAGUGAAUAACGUUUUCGUACACCACAAAUGUGAGUGCACAUGCUGGCGUUACUCUAAAAGGAAACAAAAACAACAACAAUCAAAUACAUAAUACACAGUAAAAUUCAACAAUGAACGUGUUUACAUAGAUUACGGUUUCAGGGUUUCUUCUAAAGCGCUUCUUUGCUGGAUUUGAAACAAAAAAAAAAUAGAAAACCGCUAAAACCUACACUAACGAACAAAUACUUGUGAUAAUGAUAAGUAUCUUAAUUAUUUCACAGUAUUCGAACAUAUAACUGACGAAAACAAUGACAUGACUCCUACUCCUAAUUUUAUAGCCUUUUAAUGUAACUAUUGCGUGUCUCUUCCUCCCAGUUUCUCACAGACUGGAAUGUGCAAAUAAGUUCAAAUACCUUAUAGGGGUACCCCACCUCUUAAGACCCUUUCCUUUACACAGCGCCACCUAAAAUUAAAGAUGGGAGCCCACUAAGCCCCCUUGGCCAAUUCUAGAUUAUACAAUGCGGUUUAACACAUAAAACUAACUAGCAAAUCUACUUGUAUCAUCAAAUUUAUCUUCAACAUUCUGCCUUACCUGAGGACACUGGGAAUUAAUCCUUUGUAAAAUCAUGUUACUCCUUCAUGCCUAAGAUUUUGAAAAGAACCUGCCGUGAGAGAUAGAAAGCUAGUCUAUAACGUAUCGAAAGCUUUAAGUUCUCAUAUCACGUUUCAACUUACCUGAAUGUUUUACUAAUCACAUCCAACGCGCCUUUGUAUUCCACCAUCGUGUACUGAUUCUUUAGAAAAAGUAAAAUUCAUGAACAAUAAAUGACAGCAGGAAACUGUAAAUACUGAACGAUUUAACAAAGCUGACUUACUCAGAGACAGCUCCUGGUAUAUUCAAUUGGUUCGAGGCUCGAGCACAGGCUACAUCAACCUGCAGUCCAGCAAACCAACUGAUAAGAUAACCAGCCUGAAACUUAAACUACAAGUUUAUUUCGAGAUAAUUACAUACAAAAGUAAAACGAAAUCUGAAAGUCAAAAAGUUAGUAAUUUGCUUAUGAAUCUCCCAUUCUAACCUGAAGUCUUGCUCUAACCACUUGAUAAGGAUGUGUCGCUGUUGCGGCGAAAAUUUUCGACAGCGAAGCCAUUACAAGGUACUCAUUUGAACUCUACGAAGAAAAAGAAAGUUAACAAGACAUAAAUUAAAGAGCAAACAAUUUAUAUAAAAAUAACUACCAUACAAACAACCACACAAACACGUGCAGACUGUAUUCACCAGCCUCUCGUUGAUUGAUGUUCCAAAAUAGUGACUAUAGCCUUUCUUCGGCUGCUCAUAGGCCAUGAAUUGCAGUGCCCCAUGUGAUACACCAAAAAUACCUGGAACGUAACCCUGGUCAAGUAAAAAUAAAAUGAUAUUUGCGGACUUCAAGUUCCAUCCAAACUGUAAACUCAGGUUAAUCACUCACAAUGGCAUUAUCUUAGCUAUGCCAAGUUGGCGAGGCCUUAAAAAGGCUGAAAUAGCUUUGCAUGGUUGCUGACUCCAAAACUGAUGUUUAUGCUUCUCUUUUGAUUUUGCUCUUUCCUUUCUAAUUUAUCUUUUUGAUUGUUUCCCUCCUUUUUCUAAGGAGGUUUGAAAACCACUGUUUGCUGAGUGUACAUGCAGCAAUCAAAAUAUACCAAACCUUCAUACACAUUUUUAUUUCCUUUCUUGUACUAUUUUUUAUUCCAUUUUGUUUUUAUCUUAAGCCCAAGGUAUUAAUGUACCCAUGGAGCGGUACACACACUGGUGAGUUUUUGUAUUUGAGUGACUUUCCUAAGGACCAAUACUCUGCACACUUCACCACAAGUCCAGCAAACGGUCAAAAUUAUGUUCAUUUUAAACUCAAUCAAUCAAUGAGUCAAAAAGCUGUCAAUAGAUACAUACCAAGGUUACCGUGUAUAAACUUCUCAACCCCUCAUGUCUCCACAACUUUAACAGAGCAUCUGUAAAGAACAAAGAGUACAAAAUAAGUCAUGCAACUGGAUUUCAUUUAAGUGAGGAACUGGUGAGCAAAAUUACUUGCACCACCACCUUGACUCCAGUUCAAUUCCCUCACAGUGAAAUUAUGAUUGAUAAAAGUGUCAAACAAUUUAUCAUUCACUGCUAGAUAAAACAUCAGGCUUAUGAAUAUCUAACGAAAUGAUCACAAACUUGAGAGAGCUCCUGAUUUUCAACUACGUUCUCCUCAUAAGUGGCAUGUGUGAAAUGUAUCAAGAACAGUAUAUAUUAUUACACCCUUACAUACUGAUGUAAGGGUGUAAAGGGUUCACUUUUCUUUUAUCCCUCUUUGGUAAAAAGGUGUCAUUCAUCUUUGCAAACAAAUAUCUUACCAAACAUUCAUUUAUACUGGGGUGUUUGUGUUUUUUAAGCAAAGGGAACAGAGUAUUAGAGAAAUAAGUGAGUUUUGACCACCCAUAUAGGGUUUGUUAGGUAACCUGGCCCAAACCACCAAAAGUUAGAUUCACCAUUCUAAUUAACAAAUAGAUGGACCUUAAUCGUUGGAAAGCAGGUUAACGUGAUAACUCCAACCUUUUCCCAAGAUGAUCUCAAAAAUAACGCAACACGAUGGGUUACUCGUAAAACAUACGAUUAUCUAUUUGUUCAAAAUUAAUUAGCGCUAGAAAGACAUCGAAUGAAUUAACGUCUGAUAAAAUCUCGAACUGUGAACAAGACCCUGAGAGUGACACUAAAUGAGUACGCGUCAAACUUCGAGUCUCUUAUCGGAGAUAAACACCAUGUCCCAGACGCUUUUUUAGAAAUAUAUUCACAAUUCUUUUUUUUUUUUUUUCGAAUAUCUGUAGUUCUUAGCGGUAGAAACAAAACAAGAUUAUUAAGACCGCCUAGAAAAGCUCGUCUGUGGAAAAGAGCCAAAGUUUGUCCGAGAGGUUUGAAAUUUCAGAAUCUAGACCACCUGCGCAUGAUCUAAAAUAAAAAUCAAAAUAAAAGAUUAUUUAGGACUAGAAGUCAUUAGGAUCUCGACUCGCACAGCCACAUAAUUUAGAAACGGAAAGAAAACUGAAUAGUUUCUUUGAUAUCAGCUUAGAUUUAGAAGGCCUACUUGGUGCACUGCUUAAUUUUCUCGCUUCAGGUUAGAAGUGCUGUUUCACGGUAAUUUUUUUUCAGUUAUUUGAGUCGGUGAAAUAUCGCUUUCCAAAAUCUCACAGUUUCAAAACAUGGCCAAAAUUUAUCAUAUAGAACAUAAAAAACCAUUAUAUUUCCAUAGGGACAUUUUCUUAUACAAAGGCUACAAGGAUUCUCUCUAAAAUAUCACCUUCAAUUGCCAACCAUAGAAGACCUGAGUAUUUGCUUUAAAACGAUGAUGGUCGAAUUCCACUUUGGUUCUUUUACUUUCCCUCGAGGUGCCUUGAAGGAGAUCAAAUGAAAAAAAGCAAAACAUUGAUCCAAAUCUAGUGCAGGAACUGUCUUUAUUUGCUAUGUGUUGAGGGCUGGGUUAGUCUUUACGACAAAUGACAUUAAAAAAAAGAACAAUUGCUAGCAUAAAUCAUGAGGCUCACUUUGGAUAAAUAAUUCGAGACAACGUUUCUCCCAAUUUUUAACUGAAUUAAGUCAAAAAUAUUUUUUGGGAAUAAUUGUCAAGAGAAUAAAGUUCAAACUGCUUGACUGGUUGUACUUCUUUUCUGCUUGAAAAAGGUGAAUCUUCAGGACUUUAUUAUCUUCAAGCCGCACAGGUUCGGCGGUUGUUAUUUGCGUCCACAAAGUGUCUGUCCUACAAUAGAAACCUCAGAAGAAAUAAAUGUCCUUAAUGCAUCAAUUUUUGGUCACGGAACUACAGUUAAAACAUUUUUUUUAAGGACUUAAUUCGGACUCAAGUUUCAAUGCACACAGGCUGUGCGUUAAGAAACGAAGCUGUUUGGCGACGAUUUGACGCAAAGUGCAUAUCUAAUUUCCGAAGGCUUCUCUUAAGUCAAUUCAAUUCAAUUCAAUUUUAUUUGUUAGCAAUACAAUAUUAUCACAGACCUAGGUGACCCGCAAUUAGCAAGCUAUUCUAGGCGGGCCACCCUUCUAAAACAAGUGCUGUCUCUGCUAAGGAUCACAUACCGAUACAAUUAAACAAAGAUAAUCAUUAAUAAAAAUACAAUUGUUAAAUAAAAUAAAAUAAAAUUAAGUCCGUUGAAUAAUUAAAUAAUCAAUUGCAAAGUUAUCAAGAUAUAUAAUACAAUUGAAACAAGACUUAAACGAAGAGUUACUUUAUCAAGAGAUAUUUACAAAUUUCAGAGCAGCGUAUAUCAACAUUCAUCUCCUCAAUUUCCAAAAGUUUUAACAGGCGAUUUUUAAGUUCACGCUUAAACGGGGUUCUGUUUUUAAUACGAAGUUCUUUUGGGAUGCUAUUCCACAAUCUUACACCUAUUCUAGCAAAAGAAAAUAAAAGUUGGUUAGUUCUAGACGCUUUAACGUACAGAUUAGCCGUUGCUGAGAAUCUUGUGAAAUGGUGAUGAACCUGCUCGGAGUGGAUAAAGAGCAUAGAAAUAUUAGACGGGGCACGGUGAUUAUCAAUGUCAUGCAUCAAAGAGGAAACCAAAUGAGAAUAGAGCAUAGUUAUUGGUAAGAUUCUGGAGUUAACAAAUAGCGGGGGCACUAUGAGAUUUGCUAUCCGCAAAAUACAUUAGUCGUAGAGCACGUUUUUGUAAAAUGAGAACCUUAUUUAAAUGAGUGUUAGCAGCUUGUCCCCAGGCAAUAAGACCAUAAGAGAUAUAGGGUUCAAUUAAGGAGCGGUAGAUGUUAAGAAGUGUGGCAAAUGGGACAAGAUGUCUUAACCUGGCAAUUAUACCAAUUCCUUUACUAACUUUAGAUGAGAUAUAAUCAAUAUGAUACUUCCAAGAGAGGUUAUUAUCUAUCAGAAUUCCUAGAUAUUUCACAAAAGUUUUUGUUCUAGAGAUACACUUUUUUUUAAGAUCGUUAUUAUAAAUUUUCAAGUGAACUAUGUAGUCCAAUUUGCGUUGGUAAGGAUGGAAAAUAACAAAGUUAGAUUUACUAGUGUUAAGAGAAAGUUUGUUUGCGUCCAACCAGUCACCCACUUUUGCGAGUUCAUCAUUAACAACUUUUUCAAGAUCCUUAAGAUCUUUGUUUGAAUAAAACAAGUUAGUAUCGUCAGCAAAUAGGUAAAACUCAAAAAUCUGGGAGCAACGGUAAAUGUCGUUAACAUAAAUCAAAAAGAGAAGGGGGCCAAGUACAGACCCUUGAGGGACACCACAAACUAUCUCUUCUAUAUUCGACACGGUUGAACCAAUUUGAGUCGACUGGUUCCUGUUCAACAAGUACGAAGAGAACCAGUUAUUAAUUAUUCCUCUGACUCCAUAAUGAUAUAAUUUGUGCAGUAAGAUUGAGUGAUCCACCGUAUCAAAAGCCUUUUUUAGGUCAAUAAAAAUACCACAAGAGAAUAACUUUGCAUCAAUAUUAGUUUGAAUUUUGCUUAAGAUAUCUAAAAUUGCAUGUUGGGUUGAACACUUGUCUCUAAAUCCAUAUUGAGAAGUAAAAAAGAUACCGUUUUUUUCGCAAUGUGAUUUAAGACGUUUAGCCAUCAAUUUCUCAAAUAAUCGAUUGAAGACAGAAAGGAGGGAAAUUGGGCGGUUAUUACAUGGAUCAGUUUCGUCUCCCCGAUUUGUAGAUAGGAAUUACUUUGGCAUGCUUCAAAAGAUGGGGAUAAAUACCCGUUGAGAUAGACUUAUUCAUCAUGGCAGCUAAGAGUGGAGAAAGGAUAUGGCGCCCAGAUUUUAAAAGAUGAACCGGGCAAGAAUAUAGGCCAUAUACUUUAUUACUGGGUAUAGCCAAGAUUUCCAAGUCCACCUCGGAUGGAACGACGGGAUCAAAAAAGAAAGACUUAAAGUGAUUAGUGCCGACAAGGUAGUCCUGGAAAUUUAUCCUGGAAGGUGAUAUAUUGCGUGCAAGCCGCGGUCCAAUAGACGCAAAGUACUGAUUAAAGAUAUUGGUUAUUUCAGACGGAUUUUGUGUUACUCCAGAGUUGUUAGAGCGUUGAAGGGCUGAUACUGUUUUUCUGUUACGCUGUCUGUUCAAUAGUUCAUUAAUCCCCUCCCACGUUUUUUUAACAUUUCUUAGAUUUGUAGUGAAGUAAGUUUCAUAAUACAAUCUUUUACUGAGACGAGAAAGAGUAACAAUUCUAUUCCUAUACAGCUUAUAUUUUGAGAUAUCUCCUGAAUAAAAGAGUCUAUUCUUUAUUUUGAUAGAUUUACGUAGGCCCUUAGUUAUCCACGGUUUGGAAAAUUGUUUAGCCUUGCGCCUAGAUAAGAUUUUGAGAGGAGCGUGUUUAUUAAUGAGCUUGUUAAAUUUAUUGUAAAAGGAAGAAAAGCAUUUGUCUACAGAUCCAUAUGUCAUUGAGUUAUCCCAAUCAGUAUCCAAGACAUCAUUAAUAAAGCAUUCUUCAGAGAAGUUGGAAUAAUCGCGAAUUUUAUGUUUAGCAGUAAAAUUUUUUGGUAUAAGACUGUGGAUAACACAAAAUUGGGAGUAGUGAUCACUAAUGUCUGACACGAUAUUUCCACCUGAGAUUUUAUGAUCAAAUCUAUUCAGAAAUAUAUUAUCAAUGAGUGUGGCAGAAUUAUUGUAGACUCUAGUUGGUUUAUCAAUUACCGGGAAGAACGAAUAACAUUGUAAAGAUAACAAAAAAUUUUGGGAGUAAUCGGAAAUUUCAGAUUUGAGGAGAUCAAUAUUGAAAUCGCCCAUAAGAUAAACAACUUUAUCAGAGGAGCUAAGUUUUUCUAAAGUAAAGUCAACAUAAUGGAGGAAUUGUUCCGGAUCAUUAUGCUGCCUAUAAAUCACUCCACAAACGAUAUUUUUUACUCUUUAGGGAUUCAAUUUCGAUCCAUAAAGCCUGAAAAGCGUCUUUAGAUGUUCUCUCCAGAACCUUAUAUUUCAAACAAUUAUUAAUGUACAUUCCAACACCUCCACAUGAUAGAGGUGUUGGGACAUAUUCAAACUGAUAGUUUGGUAUGCAGGCAUUGAAAUCUAGCCCAGAUGAAUUUGUAAUUUUUGUUUCUGUAAUACCGAUUACACUGAAUUGGUAGUCAAGUUCAUCUAAAAGAUGGACUUGAAAAUUAUCAAUGUUUUUCCGCAAACUUCUUACGUUAGUAUGAAGCAUAGAGAAAGGACAUUGACUAUCUGAUUCCAACAAAGACUCUUUAAACAUAGAAAAACUAUAGGGUGAGAAAUAUUUACAUCUAAUUUGUUGCAUGCUUAAGUUUCUGUCGGGAUUUAAUGUUGAUUCGGUAUUUAAGCGAAACAAAUCUAAAUCAUAAAUACUAUGAAGUUUGUCUAAGUACUUCUUGGUCGGUAAGUCACUGUUGAGAAUGUUAUUAAACUGUCCAUGAGCUCUAAUAAUUUCAACAUUCGCGUAUGGAAGUUCGCUUAGGGUAGAUUUAAUUGUACAACGAACACGUUUCUUGCUAACACUCAUACUUAUUAUCUAAAAACAGACAAACAACUCUACAUCAACAUGAAUACUUAGCCUUCACGUCCAUUCGUUAAUCGGUGCAGGUCCGUGAUAUCCUUAAUCUUGAUGGCUCGAGACGUGGUAUCUUUACGAAGAUAAACAAGCGAUCCCUUCGACCAGCAAUACUGAUAGUGAAACUGCUCCUUGAACCUCUUAGCUUCAAAUAAAACCUUUUGCAUCCUUGGCGUUAAAUGGUCAAAAAUUCUAACAGCGGAAAGGGAGGCAUCGUCAGGUAAACCAACAGCAGAUGGGGCAACUUUACUUGCAUUUCUUUUUUAUGAUUCAUGACAUCAUCUUUUGACAAUCGUCUAAUAAAUCGGCAAAUGAUUGGCCGCGGGCCGCCAUUGUCAUUGCUUCUCGUUGGGACUCGAUGGGCUGUGUCAAUGUCAUGAAUUGAUACAGCGGAUCCAAUUGCCUUAAAUAAACAUUCACAUAGCGCACUCGUAGAAGCCGAGGAUUCAUCUUGACUCAAUUGAGGGACACCAACAAUCUUAACAUUAUAUUGAUAACUGUACUCUUGAAAUUCAUCGAUGCUCCUGGAAACUCUGUUAACUUCAACAGCAAUCUCAUCAAGCAUGGCACCUAAGCGAUCAAGUUCUUUACCAGCAGAGACCCUGAAUCGCUCAAAGUCAUCAUAUUCUUUACUCAUGAAUUCUAAGCUUUGCUCUACUUCGUCAUUAGUCGCUGCAGGUUUUUUUGACUGCUCCAGCAGCAUCACCUUCAUCUUAGCAAUCUCAUCCGCCAUGACAGACAGUUGAUCUUUAAGCUUACUGUUCUCUCUCUUAAGGCUAGCAACAGACUCGGGCAUUCUUGAAUCUCUCAGAAAGCAAAAAAAGAAAAACGAUCGUGAAAAAAGAAACGAAAAAUUAUCCAAAACGAAACGAAAAAUUAUCCAAACUUGAUUAAGAUUAGCGGAGCUCGUAAAGUAACGUCCGUCCUUAAGUAAGUCAACACAUCAUUCUGAAAUAUUUAGGGCAAUUUUUUUUGAGCAUGUGGUAUAAUAUAUAUCUUUUAGGCUUAAGAGUUUCUGAGAGCUGAUAAUCAAGUCUCCCUGACGUUAGUGAGCGCAGGGGCUCCAAGGAAUAAUUUUGUGUUUAUCAUUCUCUAUUCCUUUUCAGAGUGAGUGAAGUUCUCUGUUAUCAUUAAUAUGAAAAAAAUAUAUAUAUUUACUCUAUGCUAAUACAACGGUAAAAUCGAACGUGCUUUCUCUGUGUAUUGAUACAUUUAAAAAAAAUCCAAGCGUUUAAGCCUAAACAUAUCCAGGUGCAAAAUAUUUAUUAAGGACUUCAAAGGAGGGAGCACUCGUCUUUUACAAGCACACCCUAAAUUUUCUAUUACAGCUUGGCACAUACACGUAGCUGGAAAAUGACAAAUACUGGUAAAAUAAUCGUUUCAAUGUUUUUCAGUCCUCUUUCGCAAAGCAACUCUAAACUGGUACAGGAAUGCGACUACAUCCUUCAGGGAAAGAAAACAUAUUUUGCGUUUAUGAAUAAGAUUCCAACUUUAUUAUCUUUGCUUUCUCAAAGAAACUGAAUAGUGAAGGAGAAAUUUAGGAACAAAUUACAUCCAAACAAAUCACUGACAAGACAAUUUUUUUCCAUUAAAGAACAACUUUGAGAUUCGAGUAAACGGUAGAGAAAUCAAGUUCUGCCAUGUAUAACGUUAAAAAUAAAAUCGAUACCAAAGCUUUGCUCUGUUUCAACUGACCUUCAAUUAAAAAGCCUCAUUUAAAUCGAUGGAUUCUUAAUGUAAGGUCAACCUCAUAUCGUGUCUCUUAAAUUGAUAUGGAACAGGAAUCAAAUCAUUUUGUUUAAACUGAAUCUUUAGCGCAAAUGUUCUGCGUAAUUGUUUUAUACAGCUGACGGAAAAUUGCAAGCACAGUGAUAUUAAGGUAAGGGAAAAAACUGAAUCUUGUUUAACGUUUAUUUCCUAUAAACUUACCAUAAUAUGAAUAUACUCUCUCAUAAAUCUAACGGUCCGAGUAUGUUUUGUAUCGCCAAAUUUCACAACUCAAAACAGCAAUUGAUAGACAUUUCAACAAAUAUUUGGAGUUUGCCUCACUCGUUUUCAUUUUCAUCUUUAAAUCGUGACGCCGAUCAACAUCUCAGCUGCAACUCUGUCUAAGAAAAACCCUUAUGAUUCCCAAAUAACUGCAAGUAAUUAACAGUUGGCGAUAUCAAAGAAGCGGGUGAACAAAGGUGUAACAACUCAGAUAGUAACAACAUUUAGUGGACAUGCAGUUAAGAGUGACGCUAAAUGAGUACGCAUCAAACUUCGAGUCUCUUUCCUAGGAGAAACACCAUUUCCAGAGUGCCUUUUUCGAAUUUCUGUAGUUCUUAGCAGUAUAAACAAAACAAGAGUGUAAAUAUUGCCAAGGAAAGCUCGUCCGUGGAAAAGCGCUAAAGUUUGUCUAAAAGGCUUUGAAUUUCAGAAUUUAGACCGCCUGUUCAUGGUCUCAAAUUCAAAUUCAAAUAAAAGGUUCUUUAGACUAGAAAACAUUAGGAUCCCGCAAUUCCAACUCAAUUAAGUCAUUUCUAAUAAAACUUUACUCGAAAGCUCUCUUCUAUUGUUCAGUCGCAUGUCACACUUAAAAGAUGUAUGAAGAUUGAGCAGCCUCGCGUUAAAAAAAAAAAACAAAAACAAGCAACCCAGAAAAAAUGAGAGCGAAAAUCGAGUCUCUGUUAGUUUAAAAGUUUUGUAUUUAAAUGAUGGUCAUUAACAGAUUUUAGGACCUGUCUUGUAUCUCAUUUUAAAACAAACUAUACAUGCACUUCUGGUGAGGAAGGGGUUGGAAGAAAUGUGAGAAAUUCUUAAGUGGUAUAAUUUGAGAGAAACCUCACACAUCAUAAAUCUAAGUAACGUGAAGAUAAAAAGAACUUGGACACGUUAGAUAAAAAUAACCUGUCAAAUUUGCAGCGUCAUUAACUUAAAUGAACUUUACAGUCGCCGAAUUGUUUGCGUUAUGCUUAGAGGUAAACGGUUAAAAUUUUUCUGCAAUCUCGUAAGUUUGCUUGCAUUUUCCGUAAAAUGUUGCUAGAUUUACUUGGCCUGAUCUUGAGCUUAAAUUCGAAUCGUAGCUUCAUUUGAACCCUCAGUUUUAAUGUCUUUCUCGACCAAUGGAAUCUUGUUUACAUUGAACAAAUGAACUACAUCACAGAUCAUCAAUAUUUGCUCGAAGAUUCCAGACUAAAAUUAUACAACUGUCGACUAGCUGAUUUUAAAGUAGCUUUCGUAAGUUUGUAUUCAAAAUUUACCAAACCCUAAUUCGUGCCAAGACGCUAACAAUUUAUACCGAUGAAAUUUCACUUUAUGAUUAAUGAAACAAGUAUCUUCGCCAUUGUUUGGCAAAAAUUGCAAACAGAACAAUUAUACUACUUAAAUUCCGGCCCGAACUUUGUUGAAUUCAUUCCUUAAGAAGAGCCAAACAGAAAAGAUGAUUUUUUUCUUAAUGUUAAUUAUUAUACAAUGACUUAAAACAAACGUUGUUAUAAUACCUUGAUGAAAGACAGCAUUUUAGCUCAGAAGCAAUCAGGCGCUUAAGGACUGCAUUUCUGAUAUUUAUCAGCUUUAUAGCUACGACGAAUAAGUUUGGCUUAAAUCCCGAAGAAGUGUUUGGUAAAUUUUUGACGGCAAACUAAUUAGGGAAAUUACACACCAGACCUUUUUAGAUUAUUUCUAUACCUAAUUUUUAACUAAGACUUUUUGAUAACUGGACUCUUUGUUUUAUAAAGGAGAAGAAACACACUCUAAGAGAUAAUUGUUUUACCAGCCAAUUUAGUAAAGCUAUCUUCGCGAGUUAACAACACUAGAUAAGCACAUCAAAGUCAUUAUUCCACAAAAUCUGAGAGAAGCUAAAAAACCUCAAAUAUUUUAACAUAACUUUGCAAUUGUACUUAUCGUUGUUUCCUGACAUUUCGAUUAGCAUCCUGUCGAGCUCCUAUGAAUUUUUCUCGCCCAUUUUUAGGCGGGCCAUUAGUCAGUGCAUGACAUUUAUUAUGAACAUUAUUUUUGUUUAUCGGUUAGGUAGAUAGUUUUUCAAGUAAGCUGUAACUAGGCGGGAAUUAAACAUGUACUUAUGGUGUCCUAUCCUCAAUAUUUGCAGAUUAAAUAUAAGUAAAAAGCAUGUUGUGGAUAUCCCAAAAUUUAAGAUUCUUCCUCUUCGCCUUUGCCAUGGAGUUCGUCACAGCUAAAGAUCAAUGUAAGAACGAUGUAUAGAAGGAAUGGCUCUCAGGUGAUCGGUCUUCAGAAGGUGGUUAGUGACGGCUCCUUACUUCUACGAUGUCAAAUGUGGACAAGAGAUCACGUGCUAAAGCGAUAACUGUAAUCGAAAAUACCAAAUAUGUGAACUAAAUAACCGCACCAAGGAGGCGAGAGGAUAAAAAAUGUCUUAAACAACGCAAAUUUACUCAAUGCAUAGUUGUUCUCGUAAAACACAAUUCCUGUCUGGUUGUUUUCGAUCUUAUUGACUUGAAAAAUGCCAACAACAAAAAAAAUUUAUCUUUGAUACCACAACCUUUUGUAAUUUUUAUUUAAUUUCAAUAGACGAGACCUGAGUGAUGCCGAUAGAAAGAGCAGUUACGUUACACCAAUACAUGGAUCAUCUUUGUGUGACUACUUACUCCCCGAGGGAUGGUAUCGUUGUGUGGGAGCUGCAGGAACAAAAAUGCCAACAAUGCAUGUGUCAGCUGGCAGUUGUGAUGCAGACUUCCCAGGCUGGUUGAAUGGUGCUCAUCCUACAGUGGAAGAUGGUGAAGUUUACGGGAGGGUCUGCUUAAGUGAUUGUUCCACCGGUUGCAAAUACUCUGCAGAUAUUCCCGUGAAAAACUGUGGAUCCUACUUCAUCUACAAACUUCACCGCCCAACUCCUUGGCACUCACGCUACUGUGGUACACACUGAAUAUGAAGCAAAUAUACUUAGCGUAUAAAGAAGAACUCCUAAAUCGCUCCGUGGGUACAUGUGCAGAAGGUUUUUAACAUAUAAGAUAGUUAACCUCUUUUCUCUAUCGUGAACGUUAUCAGCAGAUUUUAACUUUGGUCGCAAACAGGAAUUUAUUUCAUUUGAAUGAUAAUUCUCAGCAGAUAGCUUCUGUCAUCGAAGAGAAUUGCCCGAAGGAUCUUCAAAGUAAUCUUGAAGUAAAAUCUGCAAGACACGAAAUCUCAAGCAAAUGGUUUUCGAGCUUUUUCAUUACGUAUUUACGUAGGGAGAAGUUCCCUAUAAAAGAACAAUGGGAGAGAUCAUUGUUAUCUUAAAGAGCUAAGAAAAGUGAUGGAUAUCAAUUUGGAUUGUUGUGUAUAAAAUGCUGUGAAAAAUGUUUAAUAAUCACAAGCCCCCUGGUGAAUGAAGUCAGUGAUAUAAACGUACAAGGCAGUUAACUACGUAACAUUUGCAUAAUUGUGUUCUUUUUAUUUUAUGAUGGUUGGAAUGGUCAGAACUGUUGCCAAAUAAAACUUGGUAAUAAAACCAUGAGCUGCAAUUCUACCCAUUUUCUUCUAUUGCAUGUUAGUCUCAUUAAAUUAUUAAUCCUCUCGGUGUCAUCUGUUUGGAAGAAAGAAGUGAAUAUUGUUUCCGCACACCACGAAUGCGACUGUACAUGCUCCGUACAUGCGAUUCUACAUACUUUGGAAAACAACAAAAAAUAUACAGGAAUCGUGUUCAAAGAAAUAUCGGAAUUUCACAUAUCGUCAAACCUACUUGUACCACCAAAAUUAACCAUUACAUUGAAUCUUACUUCAAGACAAUGGGAAUCAAUCCUUUCUAAAAUCCUCUCACUCCAUCCUGCCUGAGAUUUUAAAAGAAAAUCGCAGUGAAAAGAGAUCAGACACAUAUCAAAAUGCCCAAUAAGUAGGCUAAAUUAUCUCAGGAAUGGCAAAAAAUUUGGUUAAACUUCACUCCUAAUCGUACACUUGAUCAAAGGAAGUUAAUAAGAGAAUUUGGCUGUGUUGUCCAAAGAGCUUGGCUAAGUUCACCGCCGAGUUCUGUCCAGUCAAACAUAUGGAUUUUCUUCGCAACCGCCAAACCAACGAGAUGAAAAUACCUUUAAAUACCGAUUACUUUUUCAACCGCACACCUUUUCUUUAACAUGUUACAGUAUUGUUAUUAUAGAGGUGAAUUGCCAACCAGUUGGUAUUCUAGGCCCAGAGAUUGUCUUGAGCUUUACUUUGAGCCCUACUGGUGAAAUGAGAGUGACUUUGCUCUAGGCUGAGAGGUCAUUACCAUCUAUCAAAAUCAAGACACCUGACAUCUCCACAAAUGAUAAUGAGUAAAAAUAAAUGACUAUUGCACUUAGGUUACCUAACCCAAACCACCAAAACUUUCCCCAACAUAAUCCCAAAAAUAACGCAACACAAUCAUUUAUUCGCCAAAUCAUUAUCUAUUUGUUUAGAAUUAAUCAGCGCACUAGGACAAAUAUGGAAAGGCUAUCGGGUAUCAAGUCAAUUAACAUCCGAUAACAUCUCGAACCGUGAACAGGAUCCUGAGGCAUGUUCCAAACGUCGUGCUACUGCCGUGCCGAACUCAAAUGAAAUAGUUAUUUCGAUUUAAGCACGGCAGUAGCACGCCGUUUGAAACUAUUAAGCGCGGCACGGCUGAAUUAGGUUCGGCACGACUACUUAGCACGGCAGACCUUGCCGUGCCGCACGGCAGUAGCACGACUUGGUUUCAAACGUUGUGCUACUGUCGCGCCGAACUCAAUUCAUAGAUUAAUUUAACGUAUUUUGCAUUAUUUGCAUACUAUUACGCAUGCGCACUAAUAAAAAAAACAAAUGGCGUCGUGGCGCAAAAAUCUACCCGUUUUGCCCGCGAAAGCUUGAGAGAAGAGGAAUCCGACGGUGACAAUAGCUCCGCCGACGUUUCCCGAACUUUUUUAAAGAGAUAUUCACUUGCAUCAUUCG